AGAUAAACACUCAGCAUUGGUUUGCACAGCAGGAGUAACAUGGCGGCACAGUUAGCCAGCAGAAAUGUUGUUUCACUACCGCGAAGGUCAGAGCUGCGUCUGAUAAACGGGAUUUAACAGCGAGGACACGGCCCCAAGUAUUCAAUCGUAAGUAGCCGCACGCGUUGGUGCUUCUUGUUGAGACAGGACGGGGUGUUUUCGUUAUGAAAUCCGGGAUCCAGUGCGAGGUCCUCAAUCUCGGUUGUGUGUCUGUCUGGCACGGGCUCUAGCUUAUUAGCAGGCGUUAGCUUCUUGGCUAAGCCCGCUCGCCUGUGUCAGUACAGCUUUCUGCAGCAAACUCAAUCAGACGGCUCAAAGCAGGGAGCUUGCAAGCGAGUUGUUGCAAAUUUGCCACGCGUUUAUAUUCACGUACGGCUUGUACACCUGUGCGUUGAUAUUUAAAGUGAAUUGUGGCGUGCACAAUACUUUAAUAUGUCAUUGUUUUUUGUGCUGAGUGAGCGGGUGACCGUGCAUACAACACCGGACUAAGUUCGCCAGUGGAGCAGGAGCGGAGUUAGCAUGCUAACAGUUUAGCUGCGGGCUCGUCUGGCUGGUUUGGACGUCGUUGUCAGGAUGUAGGAGUGAGUCAGGACAGUCCUCACCACCACCAUGUGUUCGAGCGGGCUGUUAACACGGUUUGUUAUGGUGUUAACCAUUGCCCCUGUGCUAAUUGCUACGGUGGGUAAGUUGAGGAAAUUUCUGCAUUUGUUCAGGGGGGGCAGGGACCAUUCUCAGUUUUUGCUGAAGUAAUGUUUCUGUUGUGUUUGGCUGUGCAUUGUUGGAGUGCUCUGUUGAAAUGCUAGUUAGCAACAAAAAAAGCUAUAAUAUGAGCACCUAGUCACUUUAACUAGUAUCUUUAAACUCGUUGAUAAAUGCUCAAAGUUGUCUAAGCUAUUGUCUAUACACCUUUCAGGAUGUGUUGUGUGAUUCACCUGGACAACCCAAUGCCACUCAUUACAACAGCUAUACCUUAAAUUUUAGCUUGUACUUUUGUUGUCACGGUCAGACAGGUGAUACUUCACCUUAAAACUGGUUUUUGGAGUUGUAGCCGGUGAUGGCAGUGUACUAGAGUGCAUUAAAAUGAAAUGUGUACAUACUGCUUCUCUAAUGUUUUCUAUAGCAACAAAAUUCAAUGAAUAUCUUUCAGUUUAACACAAGCCGCUGUGCCUUCAGUAAUAGAUAAGAGUACAAUAAUCCCUCAAAUUAUGUCAACAAUAACAGAAAAUGUAGAAGCCUCCUGAAAGUGGAAAAACUGUUGUAUUAGACUGCGUUAAAUUGCUCACAUGUCUAUAAUGUUAUAGAUAUUUGGUGUAUGUAACUUUAUGUAGUUAUCAACUUAUUUUGAAGAUAAUCUUUGAUUACGUUUCAUGCUCUUAAAGUCUAUUUGUGUCACUCCUAACACUUCAUAUUGUUCGGAGUGAAGUUUGCACAGUGCUGCAGUUUAUUUUUUUUUCAUUGUGACACAACUUUCCAAAAACAUGAAGGAAAAAAAACUCCUUACAUUACGUUUACAAUAUUUAGUUGAGAGCACAUUACCCUUGGCAACAGAGGCAGGACUACUAAUUGAGUACAGAGUAAGCUCUCUGACAAUGUAAAGCAGCCAUGCAUUAAGGGGAAUGCUGCGUAGGGGUUUGACUUGUGUGCUACUUUUGUUGUAGCCCCUGUGGUGAGGGUGCAGUGGACUUCUUUUAAGGGCUCUCCUGCUUGACUGAUUCAGGACUAUACAGGCAGGCAACUUGUGCCAUUUCAAUGACUGUCAACGCUUCUCUCAGUCAUGCUGGAGGAACACGUCCUGCUGAACCAGUUGAGCAGUUUCUGUUGCAUCACUCUGCCCACCUGAUGGUGCACAGUACUCUGGUCACAUCAUUGGCUGGGGUUUUAACAGGACUUUGUGUCCAGCUGCGGUUUGGCUGCAGCAUCAGGGCUGCUGAAGAUGUGAUGUGACGGAUUUCAGUCAGAUUUGCCUGUAGUUACAUAGAAGCCAACUCUUAAAAAAAAAAAAGUGACAAGAAAAAAUGUUGGCUUCUGGGUCAUAUUUUUUUAUUGAAGCAAAUUGAAAAAGUCUGGAGCAUAUAACUUGAUGAGUUUAAAGAUAAUGUGUUUAUUCCUUUCUUCUGUGUGCAUGUGUUGUCUGUUAAGCACUUAAAAAUCGCUUCUCUUUCCAACCUGGCAGUAUCACAUCUCCAAAGUUAUUUAUUUUUGUUAAAUUGCAGUAAAACAAAAUGUGCUGCCUACCUGCAUUCCUUUUUUGUGUAAAGUGGCUGAUCAGGCUGUUCUGUCUUUAUAGACAGGAAAAUACGAGAAGUGAAAUUUCCUCCGAAACUGAAACUUGAUUUAAAUUUCAGAGAGGGUUCAGUGAGGACACAGAGUGUGCGUACUACGUCGGUGACAACCUUUCCCUAGUUACAAAGACUGGAGUCGUGACGAAUGCAGUCACGCAUUCUUACAUUGCAUGGCGUUAUCAGUUUGAUGUCAUUUCAUUGUAACAGAGCAGGAAAAUGACUGUGUGGGGAUGAUGACAUUUCAGGAAUUCAUCUGUGUGUAUCCAAGUAUGUAGAUGUUUAUACAAGGAUAACCGACUGAAGUCUUCUCUCUGACUCGUCCUCGUCUGUCUAAUGGGUGUAACUUAGAAGUAGCUCUCAGCCUGAACACAUGGUGAACUACAGCUAUAGCAACAGGUGUGUGUGUGUGUGUGUGUGUGUGCAUGUGUGUGUAUGUGUAUGUGUGUGUGUAAAGCCCAGCUCGUCACAUGAUUUGGAAACAAUCUCUCCAUCCAUCUCUUGCUCUCUAGUUGCCUUGGCUCCACUCAGCCCUGUAAUUUCUAUCACACAAACCCAUCUUUCUAUAUAUUUCUCUUUCAUUCUAGUUUUUCACCCGCCUGAUGUUGUAUAUAUGCCCACAAUUCCAUAUAAAGAAAGCCGCAUUUUCCAGCGCACUAAAAGAGAAGCCUCUCAUCUUGUAAUCACUGACCUUUGCCCCUCGAUAGGUUGCUGUGUUGCAUCACCUGAGAGAUACUGUAAUCAUUUAACCCUUGUUCUGUAGCAUCAGCUGCCUGUUCUCUGGUAGCUGUCUGUUUAUGUUGGUCUAAUAUGGUCCCGUAAGGUUAAGAGUUUUUUUUUCUGCUUUGCAGCCUUGCUCCAGCUAAAAUGUAAUCCUCGGUCAACAAACAGGUUUACCCUAAGCUGUGAUUUUUGUAGGUCUUCCAUGUUGUGUGAAAUCUGCUCAAAUAAGCUCAGAUGCAUAAUCCUUAUCAAAAUGUAUCAGCAAAACUAACAAUACACAAAAUGAGUUCUAGCAGAGUGUAAAGUCACACGUUUUUCAUUACUACCACCUAGUCAGCCUUAUGAAGAGGAAUGGGUGUGUAUUUGGUUAUUUUGUGAAUUAACAAUUAAGUAUUUUUGUUAUUUUUAGUCAUUUUUGAAAGUUAUUGCUUUUGGCGUAGUGCAAUUAAGUGAAAGAGCAUGUAUAUUGAUGCUUUGUAUUGUGAUGUCGUGAGCCUGAAAACUUGAAUUUGAUCUGGCGGCAGAGUUUUACACUAACUGACCAAAGGUGAGAAAACACCCAGAGAUGAGCCAAAUUUGAGUAUAACUUAUUCAGCAUGGCUUUACAGGAUUACAGAGAUUGUGGAUAAACAAUGUCAAAAUGGUUUGCAGAGUGUGCACCACCAGCCUUUGGUUCUCAUAAGCAGAUUAACAUCCACACACCUGCACUAGUUCCUCCAAAAUACUGCCAAAUCUCGCCACGUUGAGAGAUGCAAUCUGUCAUCUGUGCUUGUUUACAUUUGCAGACUGGCAGGUGGCUGUAGUAUGACCUGAACAGAUCAUAACAGGACCAUGAGGCCUAUAGUAUUCAGAAUAUUUAUCACACAUUUAAUCUGUAACAGUGUCGUGCAGAUAUAUGCUGCAGAUUGUCUUGCAAGUUUUUAGUUAUCACAGAACUGGUGCGUCAUGAUAUUAUUGUUAUCAAGGCACUGUGUUAGAUAUGGUAGAAUGUGGUGUCAUGAGUUACCCUGCCACUCACUCCUAAUCUGAUCCACCUGGUGAACUUUACCUUCUGCACUCAGGACUCAAACCAUAACUUAAUGUGUCACUCUAACCGAAGCCCCAUAUAAACCAUCGUCCCUCAUAGAAGAAAGCGAACAGAUGCCUGAAGACUAACCUUUAACUAACCUUUGAACCAUGUUUCAGCUGACAUUAUUAGAGGGCUGAUUUAUUGAGUCCAUCAAUAAAAAAUAAUCGGCUUCAACCACAGUUGUGAUUAUUUAUUGCUCCACAGAUUUAAUGAAUGUAAAAUGGAGAGAGUUUAUUUUUAAUUGCAGCUCGCUUUGAUUUAAUAUUUUGAGUUUUAGGUGGUUGACCAAAAAGAGCCUCGAAUAUUUAUUGGUUGCACCCCAAAAUCAUGUCUUUUAUGGUAGAUUUUUUUACUCAACAGCUCAUCUCCCUCAUGUACGUACCAUGAUGUAAAAAAGAAGCUUUGAUUAUUGCUAAACUUGCAUCCAUGCCCCUGUUUGAAUUAUGACACAAAUCCCCUCUUUACACAUGCUUCAUUGUUCUACUUAACUCCACUGCUCCUUGUUUCCAUCACUUGUCUUUGCUAACUAAAUUAAAUUGACUCAUUUAAGCCAGGCUGGAAAAUGACAUCCCUGUCAUUGCCUCUUAGUGCGGUCAGCCCCUGAACAGCAACACAAGCGUCUCUUUCUUUCACCGCCUCUUUAAUGUGGACUCCUGGGCUGCUUUUUAAAAGGAGUGUCAAAUGACAGCGUCCAGGACUGACACACAUGCAGGAAUGUGGGAUUUCAUAAGGAUGUUGCAAAGCAUUACUGCAUUUGCUCAAGCCGAAAUGUUUCAUUCAAAGAGCAAAUAUGAGGGGAAAAUACACGGGUAGUUUCCCUUGAAAGAAAGUCUGCUCCGAAUUGAUCAGGUUAAGAGCAGGAGAAUUAACAUUUUCCCUCUUUUAAAAUAUCACCAAGAUUACAAAGCGCAGAUUUGACCAGUGUAGACGGCGAAUAAGUGAUGAAAUGGUUCUUCAAACACGCAGUUUUCCUCUGAAGUUUGUAUGUAGCUGGUUGGACUACAUUGUGUUAUCUGUCCAUCACAUGCACCAUAAGGUCUGAAGUGUAUUCUUGACAUGAAGCACAACUCCCCCCCCCCUGUAUCCGUUUGCCUCCUCUCGCUGGGCAUCUCACCCUGCUGUCUUUGCGUUUGCGUUGUCAUGGAAACAGCAGUGUGACAGGUCCUGGGUGGGCGUGAGGGAUGAGCAGUGGGGAAAUGGCCAGGUUUUUACAGCAGAGGGAGGAAGGAAGGGCAGCGUAGGGGAGAUGUCUGAAGCGAGGCAGAGAUGGUUGAUGAAGAGCAUCGAGGGCUUUGACAUGGAAGAGGAGGAGCGGGAGUAUUCACUCCCUCUCUCCGCUUCCAGGCAUGUUGUUAUUGUGUUGUUUAGCUGACCUCAAAUCAGACAUCCCAUCUAUCUGUGCUGAAAGUAGGUCCUGUCUUGUUAACAGCGGCCUGUACAGGAGCUCCUUGAUUUAAAUCAAAUGAUUGUUUUUGACUUUCAGAAAAUAAAGUGAUGAUUUGUUUCAAAGAGCUGACAAUUCAGGGGUGUUAAGUUGUGAGCUGUAUCACCAAGUUUGCUACUGAUCCACACGAGGCCUUCCCAAAACACUGAAAUUGUUUUGCGGCUCAGUUGAGCCAUAUAACUGACUCAGAAUUGGCUCUUGGAUCAUUUUCAGCUUUGGUUUGCACAUAGCCAGUUAGGUUGUCAAAAGGCCCAAUUUGUGGUGAUAGGUCAUGGAAGAGUAGGCCUCAAGCUCUAUUAGUGUUGGUGGGGGUAAAACAGCACAGCCAGGGGUGAAAUUUAUGCCCAUAAAAAUGAUAAACGUUGACGUUUUUCCUCUGUGGAUAGAUCAGGCAGCCUGUUACGCAGCAAAAAGAAACAACAGCCAGUGAGUGUAAAGGUUUUUCUUGAAACACAGAUUAGACACAGGAGUACACACCCACUCCCAACUGGCAAACAUUGGCAUGAGUGUAUGUCUUCUGUAAUAGAGGGUAACUGGGUGGAGAUAUGGGGCACACGGUGAGUGUAAACUCAAGUUAUCGCUCUAAAAAAAGAAUUUUUUUAGUGACAUGAGACAUGGUAACUGAUUUUGUUGUUUUGGUGACAGUGAGACAGUGAGUGCUAAUGCUAGCAACAGUUCAACUAGCAGCCCUUUCCGUCUAUCUGUGUAGUUUGAAUAGCAUCCGAGGAACCCUGGUUAUUCAGUUGCCCGGCUGUUUGUUUGGCAGUAGAGGACACCUCUCUAGUGGAUUUGAAUUUGCUUGUUUUGAAUACAGAGACUGAAGUUAUUCCAACAUUAACCUGCUAAUAUACGAGGGUUCUUACACAUUGUGAUUCAACAACAGCGCUGUUUCAAAACUCAGCCACUUAUACACUUUCUAACACACCUUUGUAAAACAGGCAUACACAACACUGUUACACUCUCAACGUUUUGCAGUGCUUUUGUCCUCCCUCCCUUUACAUCUGUGUUACAACCCCCCAUAGCAGAGGCGUAAUGACUUGGUCUUAUAGUGCGGUACACGCCUCAGUGAUGCAAUAGUCUAUAAUAAAUGGCAGCUCAGCUCACAGCCCCCUUUACAUGCGGUCAACCCAAGAGCUUUUAAGAUAGACUGUUUACAUCGCUGUACUUGUUUCAUUUGACUUAACUUUAUGAAAAUACAGCCUUUAGCCCUAUCAUACUUACAAACUUUUGAAACUGGCAACGUUAUCAAAACUUACAGUGUGAUGAUUAGUAAGUUUAUAAAUAGAUUAAAAAUCGUGUUUUAUUUUCAGUAUGGCAAAGGCUUAGUUUGAGCACCUGUACUGGUGUCCUUGACUUGUCUGCAAUCUUUUUCAGAUGCAGUGAUUCCCUGUUAGUUCUUGUCAGACUGAUAUUGCAGAUUGAAAUCUGUGUUUUUAAAACUGAGAUCUGUAACACUGCACCAUUGGCUUCCAUGUUAUUCUCCCUGUGGAGACUCCAGCGGGGCUCCGAGGAUCUUGAGGCUCACAGGCAGUCCAAUGAUUUCGCCUCUGCACGCUCCUCCACUUAUGUAGGUCAGCUACUGCAAAGUGCAUAUUGAUCUCCAGAGCUAAAUGAUAUUGUGGUGUCUACCACUCAUUGGUAAGAAGAAGAAGGUGCCCUCCCUCAGCCAGCUCGGCUACAACAGAGGAGGCAGCAGAGGUCACAUGACUGUGUGACAAUGUUUCUGCAGCUGUUUUCCCUUGUGAUGUGAGUGUGGUAUUGCUUAACUGUACAAUACAGUAGUUUUAACAACUGUUACUUUAUGAAAAUGUGCUUUGAGUAAGUUCCUCAUAUUCGUGCUGCUCUUACUGAUCAGAUAAUGGUACUAAAAUAUGCAAAUAUGCAGGGCUCACCUAAAUGUGCAGCUCUUUAAGGACAGAGCUAAAAACACUCUGAGAGAAGGUAUAGGAUGGUGAGCUCCAAAUUGACAUGGUGGAACAGGUUGCACACUAAAGUGGGUGGGUUGUGGAUUGAAAUCUCUGCGAGUGGGUGAAUUGUAUUUCCCUCUGCCACAAUGUGUUUGUGGCAGUGGGUGCUAGCAUGUGGUUGGCACCCGUCCCACUGCCCAGGGUGGAAUCCUUGGCACAGAGGGAGGGAGAGGAACCUUGGAUUGAGCAAGCUGUUGCUGGAGUUGGGUGGGUGGUCCAGAAAUUGCACUGAGUGAAUUGGUCCAGAGAGAGAGAAAAAAAAGAGGGAUCCAGUCUGAUUCUGGAGAGGAGGUAAACAGCACCAUUGCAGGCGGAGGAAAGGUAGUAUGGACUGACAUGUGCAGAGCAGCAGCAUUUCUCACUCGCUUGUCAUAAAGCCAGAGGAAUGUAGGGAUUCGGUUUCAGGCUUUUCAUUUCUGUACACAUAGUGAGGGUCAAACUCUGACCAGCGUGAUGUCUCUCCCUCUCUGUCUCCCUCUCUUUCACUCUCUGUCUCUCGCUCUCGGCUGACUCAGCAGUGUUCCUUCACUGACCUAUAAUAUGGUUUCGCUUGCUUUAUCUUUACUGUUUUCAGCAGAGCGGGAAUCUCCUUAGCUGACCCGUGCUUUCCAUACCUACCGUUCAGCUCAGGUGUGCUGCUGUCAUUAUUAAGCACAAACCCAUCAGCUGAAGUGCUUGUUGUCAUUAUGUUAAUCAUUCAGAUUGUAAAACGUACAAGUUCAUGAGCAUUGUGUCACGGCCUGUUAGCUACAACAAUGAAGCGUAAAUGGUGAGUGAAACAACUAAUAUGAAAAGUGAACAUGGUGUGCAUGUGAAUGAGCUCUUUAUUUAGUCAUCUGAUGAAGAUGCAGCCGAAUGUAAUGGAUCAUAUUUAGUUAAUCAGUAAUUUGUAAUCACUGAUCAUGUCCAGGUAAUUUAAGAAACUGGAAGUGAUUUGAACAAUUCUAGAUUAAUAAUAUUAAAAUUUUUCCCCUUACAAAUAAGACUAUAAGGUAAGGAACUAAUACAUGCCCCCUUGUUUAUAUAUCUUUAUGUCUUAUAUAUUGUAUCACAGAUUUAAGUUUGCAUGUUAUUAUGUGCAUAAUUUUCAUUGUACAUCUUUUUAGCACAUUACCGUAUUUUUCAAACUAUAAAAAUCCUUAAAACCUAAACUUAAAAUCCUUAAAUUUUCUCAAAAAUUGACAGUGCGCCUUAUGAUCCAGUGCGCCUUAUGUAUGAUCAGGGUUUCCCCUACAUGCAAUUGAUCGUGACAGCUAAAUAAAAGCCACCACAAACGCAAAAAAAGUUUUUAUCUCACAUAGUUAUACCUCGGACUCAUAUGUAUCAGCAGUGAUUCCUCUUCAUUCAUUCAGCACCGCCGCUGCUAAAUUACAUGCGCCGCUACCUAAAUUUCACAUGAUCAUUUAUAUUAAUGCGCCACUAAUGAUUCUACUCGCACUGUGUGAGCACAACAACACAACACACAACGUUAUUUCCGACUUGUUGUGAGUCAUCAAGGAGCACAUCAAAUCCGACCAAGCUUAUACAUGGUCUACAUCGCGAGUAGCAUUAAUAGCAUUAGUAGCAUUAUUAUCAAUGCGGCACAAAUGUUUUCUACUCGCACUGUGUGAGCACAACAACACAUAACGUUAUUUUGGAGUUGUUUUGAGUCCUCAACGAGCGCAUCAAAUCCUGUCGGACCCUCUUCCAUUAAUGUGAAGGGUAACGAUUAAGCUUAAACACGUUCUGUAUAGCGGGUUGUGAGGGUACCGUAACGUGAAUGUAACAGCCUAUCUCCUGGAGUGACAAGAGAGUGGGGGUAACAAUGAUCCCCACACUGCCACAGCUGAAAAAAUUUCUAGGGGAAACACUGGUGAUUACUUGUUGUGCUUAAAUUACCAAUUUUAUGUGGUACAGUGUGCUCAAAAAUCCGUCAAAAUGUGUAAGUACAACUUUGGUAAGCAACGAAGCCACUCCACUCAAUGGAUAUUCACAAUCGAUAUCAGGUCCCGGAGUACGUGCUAGCUACAAUAAACCAAUCAAUGCUUAAUGCGCCUAGACAUGUUAAUUCACAGUGCGCUAUAUAAUCCGGUGCACCUUAUCGCCUGAAAAAUAUGGUAAUUCUCAAUCCACCAUGGUGCAUCUGUGUAUCACUAUCCUCAGUUGUUCAUAUUUUAUUUUAUAUCUACAUCAUCUUAUCAGUUAAAACAAACAGAUCAUUUUUUAGAUCACAGCAUCCAAUCAUUUAAAAGCUGCAUCUACUCAGUACUCUUAUUUGUGGUGCUGACCUUGCAUAAACAAACCCAAAUCAGACAAAAAUCCUUCUGUAAUAAAAACAUAUUCACUCUAUUCAGGGUUUUGUUUUUUGUUUGUUUUGUUUUUUUAUGAUUUGUAGUUUACAAUGACAAUAAUGCAGUUCAUUAAUGAAACACAUUUUUGCACCUGCAGCAGAGGCGUCAUGUUGUUAGUUUUUGAACUGAGUAAAGCACCGUUAGGUGUAAUUUUUGUAAAUGAACAAAUAAAGACUAUAUUAAGAAGUGGAAUAACAUUACAAACACAACCGGUUGUUAUCAGACGUAGCAGACAGCCAGCAAAAUAUUUAUGGACUCGUAGAUCAGAUUCCCAAAGUUGGAGCCCUGUGAUAUCCAAAACAGCCAACGUAAGUGAAUUAAAAACACUUAGUUACACAGUUCUGAGUUGAUAGCCAAGAAAAUCUCACACACAAAUAUACAGGAAGGAUUGGCCUAUUUUUUUAUUUUUGUACAGUAGAUUUAAACGGCUCAACAAGGUUUCACUGAAUCUCUGCUCACUCCUCAUGUAACACUUUUCUGCUCUUAGUUUCACAUCGAACAUUCAACAAAUCUUUGGAUGCCUGACAAAUAUAAAACCUAAAAUUAACCCCACUACCUGAUGAUACAGCGGCUCCUCGGUUGAAGCCUUUUCCUUUUUCAGACUCCCGAUUAUGACGACACUGUUACCUUCUUCUGACUGCAUGACCAGCAUCGAGUUUAAUUGAAGACAGAGCUGUAUUUCAGAACCCAGUGUCAGACUUAGUUUUUGAGACAUGGCUUAUCAUUGUAAGGGUUGUCUACAUACAGCAGUGGUCCCACAUACAGCAGGCUCACUGUCCUGCAUGUUUUAGAUGUUUCCCUGCUCCAACACACCUGAUUCAAAUGAUCAGCUCGUUAUCAAGCUCUGUAAUGGCUUAAUAACGAGCUGAUCAUUUGAAUCAGGUGUUUUGGAGCAGGGAAACAGCCAAAACAUGCAGGACAGUGGGUCUUGAGGACUGGACUUGAGAACCACUAAGUUACAGGAUUUAAUGAAUCAAAACAAUGUGUAACAUCACUUGUUUUGUGACCAGAUUGGAUACUGUGUGAUUUUUUUAUGUUAUAUUUUCUCCUGGGUUAUUUGAAUAAUGACUAAAGAAAGAAAAGAAGAAAGGCAUGUUCUUAAUGUGCAUCAAAGGGCAAAGAGCAUUUUCCCACCAGCAUGAAUAUGCAAGGCAAUAAGAAAUGCUGCUUUGUGUUUGUAAUUCAUGUAUGCAUGCACUCAAGUUCUAGAUAAUUUAAUUACAUAUUCCCCUCUAGCAAAACAUCCACACGACCUAUAUUCAUUCCACAUGGAGCGGAGUGUGUGUGUGUGUGUGUUUGUUUGCAUGUUUAAGUGCUCCCAUUCAUACCUUCACUCCAGAGAUUUGUGGUUUUGGCACCUGAAGAUACGGGCCAUCAAAACGAAACCGCCUCCCAGCUCAUCUGGCGGCAGACGCGUGCAAAACAAAGGGCCUCAUCAGAGGAGAAACGAAACAACAGAUGCAGAGUAGUGAUGUUACACUCCUGGAAAAAAAAACCUGAUCGUGCUUAAAAUUGUGAUGGCAUUUUCCCUGUCGAGGUGAAAGGUUAAAUGAUCAUAUUUGAAGGCCCUGCUUCACCUGGCUGACACUGUUUAAUGGGAAGACUGUAAAUGGCGACUCACACUGCACUUUCCGCUGUCAGAGCAGCAGCAGCGGCAGCAGCGCUCUUAAUCGGGUAAUGCCAGCGUUUACAGGCAUCCCCCAAACGUGCUCUCCAGAUUAUUAUCCCACUCACACCAUGUUUUAAUGGAGCGGACUAACCCUGAGAACCUCCUCCUCUGUCUCUCUCCUCUAUUAAGUUGUGUUCGUCGCUUUUCUCAGACACUGUAUGUGCAUUCGCUGGAAGUCUGGCCUGUCACAAUGUCUCAGUCUCUGGCUGAUAAAGUGACAUAGUUGUGUCAGCUGAUCUCCUUUCCCUCCCUUCCCUUCAUGCUAACUACAGCACCUCCUUAUCCUGAGAGCGCUUCCACUGUACAGCCUCAGGCCACCACCACGGGAACUAAUUCCUCACAAACUGGGACUGGCAAUAAAAGAUGGUGCCCAUGCAUGCAGGCACUGAGGAUACACACUCGUCAACAUGCAGACGAGUCACAAGACGAGCUCCACAUCAUCUCUAAAAAAGUGUGAUACAAUCAUCUGUGCACACAAAGCGUUCUCUCUACCCACACCCUCACUGUGUUGAGCACACUUGCUUCUUCUGUCGUCAUGAUUCACCUUUAACAACAGCAUCUUAUCAGUCUCAUUACAGUACUUAAACAUUUUGGUUUGCCGACCCUGAAGUCGCAGCUGAAGCAGUUGUCUGUUGCUGUUCGAGCAACAGAUGUAAGGGCACCUGGCGCAGCGAUGAUGCAUCUGCAUCAGAGCAACCCACUGAAAUCUGCUGGUGUAGAUGUAAAAAAAAAAAAGUGUUUCUCAGGGAUGAAUCUCUUGUACUUAUCUGGAGUUCGGUAUUUUCCGACCUAAAAAGCUGACCCCUAAGGCAGUAAAUAUACCUGUGGGUGUCAGUUGAUAUUAAGCUCAAACUCAACCUGCUGACUUGAAAAGGUCAGUCAGCAGUAAGCCAUCUUGGCGUUUAUAUCCAUACAUGUGCGUUCACCAUCUGACGGACAAUAACUCAAUGUGUUGAGGUUGUGUUGAUGUUUUAAUGGACCCUGUGUUGAGGUUUAUUUCAGUUAUUAACGGCUGGUAGCUGUGACGUAUCCGAGGUCCACCUGUGAGGUUUUUAUUUCCAAGUGAAAACUGCGACAUCUAACCACAGAAUCGGCCCAUUGUUAUUUAUUUCUGUCCACAAUGAUCAGAGUAUACUCAGAUGGCAGCAGCAUUGCGGCUUUCUUUCCUCUCUUUGCAGACUGGAGGCAGGCUGGCAACAGAGAGUUACCAUGGUAACGGGAACGCACAGUGUCUGUCACACUGAAACCUUUUGUUUUUCCUAACUUUGCUGCUGAGUUUGACUUUAUAUGAAUAAAGUCCUGCAACAGGCGUAGACUUUUUACAAUGAAACCAACAGUUUGUUUGAGACCGAACUAUUUAUACUCUGCCGUGUGAAGAGUCGUGCUCAAACUGGCCUUAGAAAAGUUCGGUGAUUGUAAAUAAAUCAAGAUGCAGUGCUCGUCCAUGAUGUGAAUUGAUGCCAGGCGCACAGAUACAACGGGUUACAUCUAAAACGAAACUCAAGAAGAUUAAAAACUUCCCUUAACAGCAGAAAAUGUUACAAAGAAUUGGUGCACAGGAAUUCACAGAAAUGAAGGGAGGAGGACACAGACUCUCCUCUCAUUAUACUGUAUGUUUCCUGUGCUGUGAUGAAAAGGAGUAUUUUUGGCGACUGGUUUACCAAACAGAUAGGACUUUGGGUGCAGAUACUCUUACACUUGUAAGGAUAUUGUGUAAAUUUCCUCUGAAAUAUCUUUAAUCCAGAAGAAAUGUGUCUGUGGUUGUCUGUUAAGAGAGAGAGAGAGAGUGUGCUCUUGGUCUGGAUUUUCUUAUUUUGGCCGUUUGAUGAGCAACAACCAUCGCACAGUGGUGUAAAGCUCCUUCAGCCCACAGGUCAGGACUAAUAGAAAACAUGGAGGGAUCAGUUGACAUGAUUCUGCAGCUCCUCUGCAAUAGACUCAAAUAUCCUGUGUCUUUAUUUGAUGCUAAAAGGACCCGAGACCUCGGUGUUUGCCUGCGUCUGAAUUAGAAGGGUUUUGUUGUAGCUGUGUUGUAAGCGAUUGCGAAGAGACACACACACACACACACACAGCCGGCAGGGCUGAUGAUAAAUCAUCAUUCUGAUUAUUAUCAGAAAUAGAUGGUGACAUGUCAAGGAUUGAUUACAGGAUCCUCAAUUUGACUGUUGUUUUUUUCCAUGAUUGAUUUGUUUUCAAUAACAAAAAAUCAUGAAAGUAUCAUUAUUGUGUUAUUUUGUGGCCACAGUAAUCGUGAUACAGUAAUCUGUUAUUUUAGGUCUCACACAGUAAUUUCAGAUUCUUUCUUUGUUAAUUGGCUGCAUUAGAAAGCUCUCAUCAUCCCUUCUGUAGAUUUCCUGGUUUUCCCUCCCGUGUGCCGCUCUUCAGCUGUGUUGUGCCUUUAAGCUUUACAGUUUGCAACUCCCUAGAGAAACCCAGUACAACCACAUUCCUGUAAUGUUUGCUCUUAAGCGUCUCAUCACAAGUUUACCGGUGUCUCCUAUGCCUCAUUCUGGAGCGUCCCAACACGUUGACUGAGGCUGUGGAGGUUUUCUGGAUUAGCUAUAGCAGCAUUACCAACAUGCAUAGGAUUAAUCCUGCUACUGUGUGCUUAUAAAAUAAUACUUCUUAAUCAAUAAGCUGUUAGAAACCCACUUUGUGGCAAACAGGUCUACCUUUGCAAGGGAGUUGCUUGGUUUUCAAUGUAGUGGUUGUUGAUUUAAAAGGGACCCUUGCAAAUAAAAUUGGUCCCUAUUUAAAAUUUUGUUACCUUAAAAAUCAUCGUGUCAAACUUGUGGUCUGAGUUUCAUUGUAGGAUUAUGAGUAUCCCUUAUAAAUAUUCAAUCCCUGCAAGUCUGGCACUAACAAUAAUGUGGUAAUUUGUACCAACCAGAUCAAAUUAGGAAAGAGAAGAUAAAACACUUUGUUCUGAGGGACUGUGGAAAUCCGGGCAGUAUUUUAAGAUUUUCCCUGUGGCUUCAGCUCUGUGUCUCUCUGUCCAUGUUUAUAUGCUGCAAACUAUCAUCAGGGACACUUGUGUGAGCUAUCAUGUUACAGUCUCAUUUCUGUGCCUGUCAACUUGAUGUCUUACUGCCGCUCCUCAAGAAUAUGUCUGUGAUACUGACAUGACUAAGAUUAGGAGCCACAAUAGGAUUUAUUUUGUUUCUUAAUCAUUACAAAUAAUCACAAUAAUCAAUCCUUUGAUUUUUACCUGGUGCUUGUAAAAUAGGACAAGGACAGAAGUUCAGUGAUAUCAGCCAAUCAAGCUGUGAAUGUAGGUCAACUUAACUGUCCAUGUAAAUGUACUGAACGGCGCCCAAUAUUUGCAGUGUGGCACAUGUUGGCAUUAUAGAACGCAAAUAUAGAACGUGAAAUUGCGAAAUAUUCUGAGGAAAAUUUUGAUGCACCUGACCAUACACAUCAAGCCCAAUGCGAUUUUGCGCGUCCCGGGGAAAGUCCCGCCUCCUGGGGAAAGUCCCGCCUCCUUCACCUCUGAUUGGCUACAAAAGCUGGAAACGUCAUCACACGCUCAAGCCAAACGGUCAGCACUUAUAGCCAGUCAGAGGCGAUAAGAUAAGCACAUUCAACUAUGGUAACAACCAUUAGCUUACGUUAGCACAGAUAAAAGUUAAAACAAAGACGUUUAGCAAACUGUUAAAGCACACAAACCAUCGUCAUAUGAGAGAUACGACGCUAUGACUCUCCACAAGUUGUCCUUCAGGUUGUUAUCUUUGUAAUGUUUAUGUCUUUUAUCAAAAAGCACUCUGUUCUCCGACACGUAAACAAUCAGCUGGUCGGCCAUGUUGGAUAUACCGGUGAAUCAGACGUCACAACAACACGCAAUCUGAUUGGUCAGAAGUGGACACACAGUAUGCGAAACUUUAGAAACAUCGACCAUGAUCUGAAAAAAUGAAUGCCGCAAUAUCGCAGGACGGGAAAACGUGAACGCUUGUAUUGACAGGAUAUGGGUCCGAAAUAAUCGCACAACAAAAACGAUCCCGUUAUGUACGGACCUUUACUCUAACCUUUUGGGGUUUUAAUAUGUCUGAGGUGCAGCAUGCGUGCCGAGCAACAUCGAUGCCUCUGUGUAAACCCUGUGAUCAAAUCUUUGAUCAGAUUUUUCUGGCUCACCAACCUUUGCUGCGGCUCCCAUGCGGCCCCCCUUGAUGGACCAAAAUCAAUUGAUUAUCGGUUAAGGCAAAAAUCUUGACCAAAGCUUGCCGUGUUUAAAGCGCAAAGGCCAGGUGUUUUCAUUAUGGUGGACAUGAGCAGUGAUUCUUAUUGAAUUGAAGGCCAUUAGUGGGCCAUUCAGAAGGCACCCAGUAGGAGCUCCAUUGGUGUUUACCCCCUCUGUGACCUAACCAUUAUGGUCAAUUUCUAGCACAUGAACCAUCUACCCUUUGUCCUAUCUGAACCUGAUUAGCCGGCUCAUUAGCAUUGUUAGCCCGGCCUGGGCGACAAAGGCUCUCACUCAGAGGGAGCCUGUUGCCAACUCUGGGGGGAAAAAAAGGGGGAUUACAACUACUUUCAAAGCUAUGGUCAACAUUUCUGCUUCCUCCCAAUGAUCAGUCUGUUGAAACAAACACCAACUGUCUUGGUUAGUGUGUAAAGCUGUAUGAACUUGGAGGUGAAGUUUCAUUCAGUUUAUUGCGUGUCUCUGUUUCGUUUCAUUUCACACAUGUUUGUUUCACUUUCAUCCAUCUGGGAGCGUUAUGAUUUGUCGCCAACAUUAAGCAUGGUGUGUGUUUUUUUUUCUUUUUUUUUCACCACGUAAUGAAACCGUCCAUCAUCAGCUAUGGUUUAAUCGGCUGUGCGCUGUUUAAGGGGAGCGUGAACUUUUAACCCAGUGAUCUUUGACCUCUUGUUAAAUACCAACAGAUGGCUGGACUGGACUGAGAGCGCGUUCGGCAAAUGAGAUGCUCUCAUAAUUGUGUGUCAGGUUUCAGAGAAGGUGUGAGCUUGACCAUGAUUGUUUACAUCUGCUGUGUGGAUAUCUGUCUUGCCUUUCUUUCUAGUUUUUUAACUGACUUCAACAUUAACUUUCAAAUAGCUCUCAGGGCUCGAUGGUGCGACCGUUUCACUCGCAUUUGCGACUAAAAAUAGAUGUGUGUGAGUUGUAAAAUGAAUUUUGUGCAUAAAAAAAAUCUGCUGAGGCAACAAAUCUUUUCAUGUAAAUACCUCGUUUUUAGGUUAGAUAUCUGACGAAUAUGUUCACUGUAGAUCUACCAGUGUCUUCUCACUCUCCAUGACCGGGAAUAGCAACAGCAGCGCAGUUAAAUCUACUUGGCACCCUCGCUGUCAACGUCAGGUGUUGAAUAAGGGACCAUCAAUAAAUUACCGGUUGAUGUUCCCAAAAAAAGGCUGUUUUCCUUCAAUAGCUUUAAUGUCUUGUGACCAAUUAACCUAAAAUUGAUUUCAGAUAAUAGUACUAAGGUCAAACGAUUAGACACAUCUCUUUAUUUCCCUGAUUUGUCCUCCAAAAAUUUGGGGGUUAAAUUAAAAAACAAUUAUCAUUGUGCCCCUAAAGUUCUUUGCGUUCUCCUUACGUUUUCAAAUCCUGGCUUUAUAGGUUGUGUCAUGUCUACAUUUUGGGCCACGUAAAACUCAAAUAAUGCAACAAUGGCCGAGCUUACAUUUCGGCAUCACUGUGGGUCAUUUGCUGCACUUUUUUUCCCAAGCAGAAUCCAAACAUUACAGAGAGAAAAGUCUUCCAGAGAGAAGCGGUGCAACCUUUUCCUGCAGAGAUCGUCCGCUCCACUGUGUCUGCAUGAUUUGCACACUUGCGCGCACACAUAUACACAUGCACUCUCGUGGUGUGACUCGCCACUGGUCUUGGAUCACACCACAAAUAUGACCAGCAGGCCCAUAUACCCCUGGUGUCACAGGAAGCAUUUGCAUGGCUCAGCUGGUCCAACAUGAGAAGAAAGGGAGGGUUUGCCUCUGCUCUCUCUGACUGAGCGUUAAACUCACUUCUAAAAGUAUUUGAAUUGAUGACACUGCAGGGUCUUCGGUGUCAGUGGGCAGUUAAAGUGAUGGAUGUAACUGGAUGCUCCAGUAUUGCUCAUGAAAUUUCUUUUUUAUGUUUUUAUGUUAUCAUGAAAACAGCAGUCCAUUUCUUUCUACUUUUCCUCGUCUGCUUUGUAUCUGCGAGGACAUCGCUAACGUGGUCUGGAUCCUUUUAUAAAUUGAGUUAUACUGAUAAACUAAUAAAAGGCUCAUCUCAUUAUAAAAACCGAGCUGACAAAGAUGUUUUUGAUCCAGUUUGAGUCAUUUGAAAAUGAUUGCUGUUGAAAUAGUCCACCAGGAGUGCUUCACGCUCUGCCUAAUUCUGUCACUCAGUUUGCAGAUCAAGGGCCGGACUGAGUCUGAGCAUGUGACAGCAUUAACGCUCAGAGGAAAUUCCUCCAGAGGAUGAGAACUAGAAGCCUGCAGGAAAGGGAAUGGAAAAGAGGAAGGUGGAGUUGAGAAAUCCAGGGUUGUGAAAUUUCAUUAGCAAGAUUAGAUUCAUUGAUGUACAGUCUGUUUUUCUUGACUCGAUUUUAAUCCUGUGCAAAUGAGAAAGCUGAGUUUAAUCAAUAUUUCAUGUUGAAGUUGUGGUGCACACAUCUCUGAUUUCAUCUGUUUAAAUGUGCCGUGCAGCCCUUAUUUGCACUUAAUAUCACCUUUCCAAAGGCUCCUAGCUCUGGACUCGGGCAGGGUUCAAAAGGGGAAUCGGUUUUCGCUCCAGUUAUGUCAGCACAUGACAUCACGUGAGUGCAUUCCUCAGCUGGCUCACUUGGCAGGUAUUUGAAGAGAAAUCACCCAGGCCAGGAGGGGCCGCCUGGCUGCCUCUUUCCUCUGCAUCAAGUGCAAGAGACUCUUUCUUUUUCUUUUUCUUUUUUAAAGGAAAAAGAAAAUAGCCCGACAGAGUCCCCCCUUUUGAGUUACAAGUUGCAUUUUCUAAUUAUCCAAAAGGGAAUAUGGUUUAAAAUUGAAACUUUUCUCCUGUCUAAUUAAUCGUGAUUAAAAAGGCACACUGUGUUCUACGCUGUAAUAGGCUUCGAGGUCCCAAAGGAGGGGGAAAGACCCUGUGGACACUCAACUUGCAGUUCUAUGCUAACUUUCUGAAAACAGUUAGCACUAGAUGAGAUGACUUUUGAGGUUGAAAUGAAGUGAUCGGGCGAAAUGUGGCUUUAAAAAUGGCAGUGGUAGUAGUCCUUUUUAUGUUGAUGGAUGCAUUACAAUUUCUCAAUUUCACAGACUUGGACAUCCAACACAGGGAACCAGAUUUAUUUUUCAUGUAGAUCUUUUGCAGCACUCACUGUAAGAGAAUACAAUUAUAUAGUUUUUUGUUUCGAUGACAAACCACAGACAGCUGGAGGUUAAGUCACCUUUUGUCAGGGUUUCAUCACCUGAGAGGCGUCUCUGUCCUUGGUCUGUGGUCUGUGGUCUGUGUGUGAGAAAUGCGAAUGCUUGUAUGUUUGAUUGCUCUUUUUACAGCAUCAGCUUUUUCUGCAUUGUUGUCAAGUUAACCAAGACAUUAAAUGUGUCCGCCUUGAAUAAAUUCCAAUAUUUUUACUCACCCUCGUGUAACAAUUGCAGUACUAAAGGGCGCAGUGCAUUGAGGCGAGUUCCUAAAAGAGCUCUGUUUUAUGUUGUGCUGAUUCACACUGUGUGUAUCACACUGUACAUCUUAAUUUUGUUGUGUUGUUUCUUCCAGCAGGGAGACGUGGAUGAUGCUUAAAGGUUUCCCUGCAUUGCCGUCUUGCAGCAAUGGCCUGAGGGACUCUCUGGACUGAAACCAAGGUGAGAAACAAAGAUGCAGCCACUGUGCACCCCCCCUUUACACACACACACACACACACACACACACACACACACUGUAACGUAAGAUGCAGCAAAUAGACACCUUAGUUGAAUCAUAGAAUAACAAGUACUAGAGAUGAUGCAAGUGUCUUGAACCUGAUCCUUUGUAUAACCAUGAAAACAGUCCUACAAGUCUCCUGGUUUGGCGUUUGUCUCAGUGUGCUCGAAUUACUGGAAUAAGAGCCUGCAAGUACAAGGAAAUCUUGGCUUUUCUAAUAUGAGUCCUCCUAUAAUGUCAAGCAUUUUUCCAUCAAAUGAGCAGCAAUGUGAGGACUUUUUCUCGAAGUCUGUAUCUUUGACAGAUGUUGAAGUUUGAGGGUCUUGGACUUGUGAAGAUACUUCUGUGGAAACUACUGAUUUCAGUGAGUGUAGUCAGAGGUUAUCUUUGAGGAAAACAGCAUGAAAAGCGGUCCUUACUAUUGAUAUGUAGGGGUCUCCCAAUACGAUAUUGAUAUCAGAUUAUAUUGACCUGCAUCUAAAAUCUCCAAUAUCAGCACUCCAAUACAAGCAGUCCAUUACAGACUCUGCUCAGGCACCUCUAUCUAGCAGCACCUGUAUCCAGCAAGCUGAGCCCACAAAAUCACAACAAUGUGUGCUAAAGUACUAUCAAAGUAGCAAGGAGUAAGAGUGAUGUUGGCCUUGUGGCAGUAUUUUUUGUUUGAGUCCGAAAAAGACAUUGCAGCUGAGUGAAAAACUUGUCAUGCACAAAUUUGUGCCAAUAUCAGUAUCGGUGUUAUUAAAGGCUACAAUAUCGGUGUCGUAUAGGAAGUCAAAAAGUUGUAUCGGGACACCCCUAAUUGAUUGCACAUUAAGAUGGGUGAUAUGUCUUAAAUUUCUCAUAAUGUCUUCAGGGUUGAAGGAUAAUAGCUCCUCAUAUUAGUCUGCAGCAGGCAGUCACAGGAAGUCCAGGGACUCUUGUGAACACUUGUUGUAUCUUCUCUUGUUGCACUUUGUCGACAAAACUGUCAAUCGCAGCAUUACACCUGAUUCUACCUGUGAAGAUGUUGUGUUGUCACUGGAUAUAAAACAGGUUGAAAUUAGGAGUGGGAGAAUAAAUCGAUACGGCAUUGUAUUGCAAUAUUUUGUCUGGUGAUAUAUCGUAUUGUCUCAUUUACCAAGUAUCGAUUCUUUCAAAUUAAUUGCUAAUAUGAAGUCAAAUCUAUGAUAAUGGAAAAAUAAAAUGUUUGUCCAGUGAGAUUGGUAGAGGUGACAUGAUAGAGCAGGAGAAAGUUGGUGCAACAAAUAUAUGUAAGGUUUGUAAGAUGUGCUACAUGAAAAUAAAAUACUGUGUAAAUAAGACAAACAUAAAGGAAAGACAAAUGCUAAAUUAGCUUAACAGUUAAAAAAAAAUGUAUGUAUAUAUUUAUACAUAUGGUAUAUGAACCACCUACAGUUGAGAUAGAGUCCAGAGUCUCAGUCCAGUAUUUAUACUCUUCUUUGUCAUGGAGUCGAUGCUUCGAGUUGACCUUUAGAAAAAAUUAUGAAUCUUGUUCAGUUUUCUGUGCUGCCCUGCAGUGUUUCGGAUCAUAUCAGUUGAGAAUUGACUUAUAUGAACAAAAUACUGAUAAUCAAGUCAGUUUGUAUCUCAACAGAAACUCUGUGGAGACUUAUUGCAGGUUUUUGUUUCCUACUAGAUUGCUUAAAGACGCCCAGCUGUGUCGGUUUGUACUGUGAUUCAUUGUAACCGCCUCAUGAUUGUUUAUGUGUCGUACUCUUGUCUCGUCUCUUGUUUAUUUGCUGAGCAAAAUAAGGCAUUUUCUGACAUAACGUGUCACUUUGACAAAUGGCAUAGCAACAUAACUUAUUUCAUUUGUUGACCCUGAUGUAGAUCCGAGACAGAGAUCAGACCAGACUGUCCCUUUAUUUGACUGUUUUACAAGAAUCUGAUUUCCACUAUGACAUCUGAAUCCCCCUCAGGCACUGCUUAUAGCCACAGAUGAAUAGUUGACCAGAUUGUUGCUGAGAGGUGCUUAUUUAUACCAGUUAAUCAAUUUUGUUAUCCCUCGACUCUUUGUCUCUGUUCCUCUUCUUGAUCCCGCCCACUCUCCUCUCAGUGUUUCUCUCUGACAGCCAGAACCCGGCGCUCUGCGCUUAUUAUGAAGAAAGCCCUCCUCUCCCCAUCCUGCGACAUCCUGAAGUGACUGCCAGUGUUAAAGAUUAAUGAGCCUGAUCAGCUUUCAGUAAAUGGGGGGAGUUGCUCUUUAGAGCCAUUACUUUGCAGUGAUUCUCGAGUGGAUGAGCUCUUGAGAAGAACUCGAGGUGCAUCCCCUCUUUAUGCUUUGUGAAUAGUAGUCUGUUAAUGUGUUGUCUGAUUUGAUUAUUUGAAAACAUAUAGUGUAUGAAUGAUUGGUAUAGCCGCUGUGACCUCACCCGUUUGGUUAUCAGCUGCCUUUAAAGCCUCAUGUUCAAACAUUUGGCAUCCUGAUCAGGAGCGGGAGGUCGAUCAACACUGAAGCUCGCCCACCUAAAACCUGGGCUUAGCUGUGUAGAGCCACUAUCACUCGAAUUAAAAAAAAACUACAAACUUGAAGCCAGUGUUCAUCUCGUCACUGUUCUGUCAGAAAUGUGCUGUGGGCACGAAUUCUUACUGCCUCCCCCCCAUUCUUAAUAAUGAUUGUUUUCCCUGUGUAUGUCAUGACAAAGACAAACAGCUACUGGGGUGAUAUCAGUUCACUAUUUGACUGAAAAGCACCAUGUCAAAGCCUUUUUUCAUCCUAGAUUGGGGGAUAUAUUUGAGAUUAUAUUUGGUAAGACGUUUCACUGUUUUGAUCAACUCUAAACUAUCAAAGAUGAAGAGGCAGUUUAAAAUGCAGUGAACUGAAUGUCUGUCCAGCUUCAGUCAGUCAGGGACCAUCAGGUCAGCUCUUUUCAUUAUGAACACAUUUGUGUGUUCGUUGCACUUUCAGGUAAGGAAAGGAAUCUACGAAUUAAUCAAAAUUAAGAGUUCAGAAAGGGACAUUUUGAUUACUGUAAACAUUUGGUACAACCUUGAUACCAGUUUUUGAUUGGCUGACUGAAUAAGAUCAAAAAGAGAAUUUCAACUGAAAGUAAAAAGUUUUUAUUGAUUGAGAUGUUUUAAUUUUUCAACUAAAACUGGACUCAAACUACAAAGGACAAAAAUAUAAAAAUGUGACUGAACCCUGAAGCGAAAAGGCUUUUUCAUAAAAAGAUGCAGACCAAAACUUAAUCUAACAAUCUCUGACAAAAGAGCAAGGUACAAAAAGCAGAGACCCCAAAUCCCACUGUAACAAACAAUUUUUUCUGUAUUCUACUUAAUAUUUAAACUGAAACACUCGCUCUUCUUGUAAUGUUGUUCUGUAACAGGAUUGUUUUUUUUCUUAAACACAGUGAAAAGACACCAUAAAAAAGGUAAACUCCAAAGACUGAAUUCAUUUCUACUUCUCAAACUGUUUGACGUUUCGAGGAUUUACUCGCUUUUCAAGCCCAUUCAAGAGGCCAAUGAAGGAACUGCAGUUUUCUGUAUUUACUUUUGUACUUUGCCUCAAGGGUCGCUGCUUAUUUGAGAAUAUUCGGUCUGCUUUGUGCUCUGAGCAGCUAUAUAACAAGGGGGUUUCCAAUGUCGUUUAACCAAUGUCUUAAAUCUAGACAGCGUGCAUAAGUAGACAAAUGAAAGAAGAAGGAACUCUCUGUAGUCUCUCAAAUGUAGUAAAUCCUGACUUCAGCAGUGGCAUAUUUGGAAAUAUACAACAGACUUUGGAGUCUAUAAAAUAAAACAUCAGGGUCUGGUGCACACAGUGUCAUACAUGUUUCUGCGACCUAUUUUUGUUCCCUUUGUUUCCCCAUCUACACUCUGGUCCUCAUUUUCUCCCCCAGCCCCUCUCCUGUCAUCGAUCUGAUUCCUCUCUCCAUUCAGAGUGGCGCACCAGUCACUCAAAUCUUGUUAAAUAUACCCAAAGAUUUAAUGUUUCCAAUUCACUUUGCUCUUAAUCUCUUUCAAUCCGUCGUCACGUUCCUCCCUCAGUAUCCCAAUGCCCGCCCUGUGACCCUAACCCAAUAUCAGAACAUCUGGUUCAAGGUAACGGCAGCUGUCAGCAGGUCCAGGGUGUACAGCAGACCCCCACCCAAGCUGGGUUCUGUUGAAAUUGAUAUUGUUUUAAAAUACAUGUUUGUCUUUAAUACUUUCUGACAUACUUCCAACAUGUUUCUGUGUGCUUUGGCUCUCUCAGCACUUCUUCUCACCCUUGCAAAUAUUGAGAUGGAACAUGAGAAGACACAAGUCCUUUGGGCCCCUCCCCUGUCAUGAUUUCCUCUUCAGUUUUCGGGGGAGGAAAUAAAUGGCCCGUGUUGCAGCCCUCCAGAAGCAGCUUUUUAUUGGUGCACUCUUGUUCUCUGAUUCUCUCCAGGGGCCUGUUGUGCCAAGAAGCCGUGUGAGGACAGAUUACACACCAGCAAGACAUUGUUCGAUGCCCCACGGUGGUUUUUGCACUUUCUGGAAGGGCCCUCAUUAUUACAGUGCAGGAGACUUCAAACGCUUCCCCAAUAGCUUUUUCAUGCAGUUUAAUGCACAGUCAUGCCUGGUACUCUCUGCGCUCCACAAGCGCUGGGUGUGUCUUCAUAAUCAAAGCCCUGCUAACCCACAUGAUUACAGGAAUGGCACACUGGCACAUGCCCUCUCCCCUUGGCAAUCAGACACUGAAUUUUUUCUCUCUCCCUGCAUCCGCUUUCCCCCCGCCUCCUUUAUACUAUGACUGGAAUGAGUGAUUCACCCCCCCACCCCCACCUCCCAGUGAUAUGCGUACAGCCUGGCUCACUUUACAGUUGUGGCAGCUGAAUUUGGGUAGAAAGACCCUAAAAACUCUUUUAUGAAAUCCAAAUCAGCUCUCGUUAAUUCUUAGACAUGUUUGCUUUAAAUUACACCGCCAGUGAGGAAUUAUGGAGCUUGCUAUGGAACUGGCCUGCAUUGCUGUGACAGGUGUUUAUAAUGUUUCGCCAAGACAUCUACAGACAUAACAGAGCAGGAAUAUUAGAAACAUACUUCAUUGCAAUGCACUUCACUACAUCACUACCGCCUUCAAGCUCUGUGGUAAUUAUAGUUACAGAUUUAAACAUGUACCGUAUUUGCCAUUUUAUCACUCUUUAAUGUCUGAAAGCCGAGACAAAAACUAGAAAUUUAAAAUACCACUGUACAUAAAGUCAAGGACAGGCAAGACAAGAGGGCACCAUUACCUUCUUCGUUUGCCUCUGUUUACAUUCUGCAAAAAUACCAAUUUAUCGAAUUUUGGCAGCACGUGUUUCAAAGACAUCAAAUUGACAAAGGAAAUAGUAUGUUGUAAUACAGUUUGUCCAAAAACGCCCUGGCAGACUUGGGAAUCCCCCGUCUUGUCUGGUUUUGAGACCCCUGCAGUUGCAUGGGGAUGUGUUUUCCAUUAUGUCAUCACGGCGGCCUUACAGUUAGAAUUAGUUGUGCAUCUGAGUUAUUUGUGGCGGUCGGAUCCAGCAUGUCGCGUACAGGUUGGACCAGCAGAGUCUGGGAGGAGACAGUGUUGUCGUCUCCUGACUUGGAGCAGCAGUAGCAGUAGCAGCAGUAGCAGCCCCCUUGUUGUCACUGCAUUCCUCCCCCUCCAGACUGCUCGGCUCCACUUCAGUCCUGGAGAGUCUGCUCCUGUGACACCUAAGACAUAAGCAAUGACACACACCUAUGAUCACCUCCCUCAAGUGCACUCAGGGCUUUCAAAGUCAAUUGAUUUUGCAAACUUCAACUUGUGUCGCAAUCUAUGUACACUGUUUAUUCAGAUUGUAUGUUUAUCAGCAAAUUUUUGUAUAAUUAUGCCCAUAAAAGACAAUAUUGUUUUGAUUUUUGCUUUUGUUAUAGAAGUAGACACUCUGUGAAAUCAGUCUGUUAAAGAGGAUAAAUUAUUAGGAAAUGAUCCGUGUUGUGGUUGUGAGUGUGCAGGGUAGUGGUUGUGGUUGUUGCUUCAUUUAGACCUCUGAGUCAGUCACAUAGUUAGUCCAAGAGGAAGAUGAAAACCUUUUAAUGAAGUGUCGACUUCACAUUGGCAGAACAAACCUGUCAGCACACAAAUAUCAAGGUAUGUUUACCUUCUUAAAACUACAUGUUUGGGUGAGCGAAAUGGGAAGAGGGGCAGAGAUGAGUUUGUUGUGUUUACUACACUUAUGGAAAAGGAAACCUGAGCUUGAGUCAUCACAACAUCGAAGUAUCAAAAGGACGACAUGGAGACUGUGCUCCAGUAAACCUUGUGACCUCUGUGUCAUUUCCAGUCAGAUCUGCAGUUUGCAGUUUCCCAGUCAUUGUCAGGCUGCCAGGACUUUUACCAGCAACAGAAAGCAGAUGGCCUAAACUAUAGAUAGCUCUGAAUGUGCAAAGAGUGCCCCCCACUCUAACUGAUUGAUGCCAUACAGACUUUGUCUUGCACUUCUAAACUGACUUCUCUUCAUAAUUUUAAAACAUGUCAAACUUGAAUAUUUGUGCCUUUUUGCUCUGAAUGUAGAGUACAUAGUGGGUUGGACUGCGCUGUGUUGUGUAAAAGGUGCAUACAUACUUUUCCAGGUUGGUUUUAAGCUCUUUUAUCCAAACUAUAGAUUUGAAGAACCCAAACUUGAAAGAAUUUUCCCACGUUUGAGAAACAUCCGCAUGUUAACAAUAUAUUAAUACACAAGUCUUGACCUGCAGAGUGUCGGCUGUGAGCCCUUCACCAUGUGGAGAUGAGAUGAAAUGGAUGAGAGGAUUAAGUGGUAAUAUUAAAAUCCCUAUUUUUGUGAGUAAAAUGUGUUAUGUUUAGCACAGUAGAAUGUGGUAUCACAACAGGAAUCUUGUAAUUGCUACUACCUGUUUUAAGAAGAGCGAUAAUUGACUGAAACGACCUGAGUAACAGGCAUUAUAAAAGGAUAAAUAAAAGGAUAAAAGCUCUCUGUGUUAGUAAAAGUAAAAAAAAGAGAUAUCAAAUUAAAGGCUGUUUAGUAAUCUGAUUACAGAGGCAAUUAAAAUUUUUGAUUGACUGUACAAAUAGUUUCAUAUGCAAGUUUAACAUAACAUCAGACCAAGUCACAUCGCUAUUUGUUUAUAUAUACACACACACGACAAUAAAACCUAAAAUACUGCAGACUCUCUAGGCUAAUAAACUCUAAUGCCUGUUGCAUUUACUGCAUGUACAUAAACAAAUGUGUAUACUGCCUAUAAAUAUGUGCACUGUGUUUCCAGUAAAAUUUAAGGUUCCCAAUUCUGAGGUAAGUCUAAAGUGGCAAAACUUUAUUUACAAAACAAUGUUUUCAAAACUUGAAAAGCGCAUCAGGAUGAGCAUGUGAAACUGUUACCUAAAAGUCUGUUUCAGUUCAAGUUUUCAAAGUCAUUUUCACAAAGUAGUGCAACAACCUCACACUGAUGCUUGUGACCGACAGAAAGUAGCUGGAAGUGACUGAUACGUCUCAACUUUAGCUGCAAAUGUAGUCGAUACUUUAGAGAAUCUGUCCGUCAGUCCUAGACAUAAAGAAGUUAUUAACCCAACCUUCUACCUGACCCUUAUUUGGACACAGCUCAGGUGUAUUACUGGAUAGGUACAUCCAUAGAUACUGUCACCCUAACACAGUCAUCUCUAUGUCUGUAUCCCAGCUAAAGAUAAAUCCUUAUCAGUCUUUAGUUGAUGUUAGCUGUAAAAAUACCCUGAAGCUGGUCACAAGUUUCCUCAUUAACACUUUAUCCUUAAACUGAUCUGUAAAUAUUCUGCUGUUUAGCUAAAAGAAACACUGUUCUGCUAAAGUUUGACGAUCUCAAGUUUUGAGAUUCGAUCUGUUUGUUUGGAAAGAGGAUGAUUUCUAUUGAAGCUAAAUAGCCGUAGAGAACAUUCCGGUUAACUCAGGGUUGAGUUUUAAUAUCCCGUCCACAGCUUCAUGGUUGUGUCAGUUGAGGCUUGUGGUUUUAUCAGCUUUCUUGUUAAAUGAAUCAGAGUACCAAGGUUUGGUUUGUUGUGAUUCUUGGUAAUGAAGUCUUGGUUUGGUCUUCAAAGCAGGUAGUUUAUGAACUAAUACAUUUUAACAAUCGAAUUCAAUACAACAUAAAGCUACAGUCCAUCUGCAGUCAUACUUUAAGUUAAGGAGUAUAAAAUCUGGCUGAUACAUGUUAAUUUUUAAGUACAUAAUCCCUAUGUAUCUCUGUGAUCACACACUUAAUGCCAUCCUGUCAGUGCCAGUUUUGCCACCCCGGUUUAAAAGCCCAGACACACUCCGGCCGAUCUCCAAAACAGAAGCCACAUGCCUCCAUCCUCUGGGAUCCAAACUUACUCUGACCCUCUAAAGAGAGAAACUCUCCCCUAGCGGCUGAUGUUGAUAGUAACUCACACAGCUCUUUACAGGAAGUGCUAACACCAGUGCCCAGCUGUUUAUAGCCUCACACAGAUCCAGGGCUGUUCUCUAGGAUUACAAAUCCCUCACAAGUCUGCCUAUGUUAACGUCGGACCCCCCAGCAACAAAACCUUCCCGCCGGCCGAGCUGUCUGUGCCGUCUGCGCUGGUGUCAUUGAGACGUGCCCACCGCUUCCAGCCUCUCUUAUUUGUCUCAAACUGACCCAUCGUUACUGCCAUGUCAAGGAGACGAAGGCAACCAAUCACGUCCGGCCCGGUGGGACAAGUGAAGACCAAUCAGGUCUGGAAUCCCCAUGGUAACUUGCACAGGCACAACCAAUUGGGACAGAGAGAGCCCCCUUGCUUUGAGAAUUUAAUGGCCUGUUUCUGUUGUCAUUAAUAAAAGCGCAUAACCUCUGCCACGAGGACUGUUAUGAUUUAGGUGGACGGCGUGGUGUCACAGCAUAAAGAUCACAUUCAGAUGAGUGUAAUGCAAGGACACAUGAGUGACAUUUGUGUUAAUUUCCUGUCUGAACACUGUAAAGGCCAACAGUACUCAAAUUACGUGUCAGGAGAACAUUAGAAACAGGUUUUACCCUUCAAACUCUCCUCUGUUUCUCCAGCCAAUCACCGGCGCUUCGACUUGUCCCAUGUAAGCGCAGACCCUACCAUUAGCGUAAAGUAGGUCACUUCAGGCCAGGAGGGAGCCAGACUCAAGUUUGCAUGGUCACCAGCUCCCUUUUUUUAGUUUAGCAUGCCUCUGCUAAGCUAUGCUCUCUGCUCUACAUUGUGCUGUGCUGUACUCUGCUCCCAGCCUUAUGUAAUGGCUGAGCUGUGUGUCACAGCCGUUUCCAUGGCAAGGGUGGCUCAGAGUGUCUCACAACAAAUCAUGCCCCUAUCUUGUGCACAGUGCUGGGUAAAAACUUUCUUUUUUUCCCCUCCUCUUUCUGUCUGUCAGUCAACCUUCUUCCCCCCCUUUCCUCUAUAACCCCUUCAAAGCAGAGGGCCAUGAAGAAAUAACUUCCAUGCGUUUAUUUUUAAAUUUCACCACCUCCUUUGCAAGCGUCCCAUCUUCUAUGCAGCAAAUUUUGUCUUAUGUCAAAAUCCAAGUCCAUUAGCCACCAUCAAAUUUUGGUGCAGAAGAUGGUGCUAAUUAAUAAGGCAUUACUUUGAUCAAUAAUUGAGCGUUGUUCAUUUAGUGGCAUGAAGUUAAUCUUGUGCUGACUCGCAGGGUAGGACGAGAGAAGGAGAGAAAUAUAAUCUAUGACAGAGUUGAUGCUCGGCAUUUGCAGAAGAACUUGCAAGAAAGUUUCGAAGUUUGUGUGACAGUGUGGAGUCAAAGACAUGAACAGUAUGCAAGCACUGUAAAAGUGUCAUUAUUCACAUGUUCAGUCUCAUGGCGCUUUGGUAUAGUAAAGGUAUAAUUCUGAUCCUGAUGCCCCCCUUUCAAACUCUGCCUCCCCAGAUUUUUGGUUUGCACAAAACCCUUUUGACCCUGUGUUGAUUUAGAUUAAGUCAGUGGUUCUCAAGUUCAGUCCUCGAGCCCCCCCGUCCUGCACGUUUUGGAUGUUUCCCUGCUCCAACACACCUGAUUCAAAUGAUCAGCUCGUUAAUAAGCCAUUUCAGAGCUUGAUAACGAGCUGAUCAUUUGAAUCAGGUGUGUUGGAGCAGGGAAACAUCCAAAACGUGCAGGACGGGGGGGGCUCGAGGACUGAACUUGAGAACCACUGGAUUAAGUACACAACAGAUUCAUAACCUAUUAGCCUGGAACCGCAGAUAGCUGUGCGCGUGGUGUUAGUUAAAGACACAGCCCCCCUGGAUAGAAAACAACAGCGACAGAGUGGAUUCUUUCUCACUUCAAUCUUAAAUGUAUUUAAUUUUGGAGUUACACUUCCAAGCCUCUCCAGGUAAAAGUAUCUGCUGCGACGCUCGGUAAACACGGACACAUGUUGUGAUCAUAAACCCUCUCGGCUCUCUCACUGAGCUGGCUUCCUUCAGUAUCGUGUAACGAAUGGCUUUUUCUUGGUACAUGGUUGAGCGCGCAGUCUGGUGCUGUGGGCAAAGCGCCGUGUUCUCAUUUCAGCCUCUCUGGGGAGAGCCGCACCAUCAGAGAGAAAUGAUUGAAUCUCUUUCUCUGCUCCAUUUUCACUCAUUUUUCCUGGAGUGGAUCAACCUGUGCCCCCAGCGCUGGAUUAUGUGUGUGCGUGCGUGUGUGUGUGUGCAAAUGUGUGCGUUGUAUGCAGAUGUUAGUGUUGGCAUGCUUGAACACCCACAGAGUCUAAGUGGUUCCAUACAAUUCUGCUGUUGGUUUUCAUAGCUGAUGUAUUGAGUGUCAUACAUUCAUGAAUAUACAUGCCAUAAAAUGCUGCUUUUCUCCCUGUGUUGAUCUUCCAGACGCUGAUAUGCAUUGAGGAUGAGUGGAGUCGGUGAAAACUCAUCUGACCCUGCGAGGGCAGAGUCGCGAAAACGCAAAGAAUGUUCGACUGAACUUCUAGGACCAAGGUGAGACAUGUACUCUGAGUCAAACAUCGAUACACGGGGAAACAAAGGGAAAAGUGCGAGCCACUGUGACAUGCUCAGCACGCUGGAUGUCAGCUGUCAUUUACAUGAGGGCUGGACGAUUAUGGCAAAAAUAAUUAUCACGAUUAUUUUGACUGAUAUUGAAAACACGAUUAAUAAACAUGAUUAUUCGUUGUUUUCAAAACUUGAGUAUUUAUUGAAACAACAAAAAUUAAUUUUAACUUAAGAACAGCCAGAAAUAAAUUAUUAACAAGUAAACAAGUAAAAAUAGUAAAUUAAAAUAAUGAUGGAAAUAAAAACAAUAAAUAAAAAUAAUUACCCAAUAUACAUGCACUUCUGCAAAACUUGCAAUAUGCAAAAAAAACACUAAUAACACAGCCAAAGCCUGAAGUUGGUCAUGUUGCCUUGGGGAGCGAACACGAUAGUGUGACAAACUUCACAAACCAUUUCCUUUUGCUCGAUGUCCGUCAACUUAAAGCCAAAAUGUUUCCAGAUAACUAAAGUCAUCCUGCCUCUCUUCUCAACCAAAGGCUGUCUUUCUACCAUGUUUUCAAUCGCUCGCUCCUCAUAUUAUUGAUCCACAAACGUCACACGCUUGCUGUAGCUGCACGAAACAGGAGUAUUUGAAGUGUCUCUGCACUGCACUGCACUACCAGCACGGGAAUUUACAAACACGCCGUACGGCGCAUUAAUUGUUUUUCUUCGAUUAUAAUGCUUUUAUGAUCGUGAGAAUCGAAAUCAAAAUCAUGAUUAAAAUUCGAUCAAUCGUCCAGCUGUAAUUCACACCCAAAAAGUUACUUAGUUUGUCACCAUAUGAUUAAUCUGUUCAACCUUUUUUUAUUGAAGUCAGGUUUCUCAAAAUACGACAUCGACCAGGCUGUAUUCAGUGUCAGUCUUUCUAACAUUGAUUCACUCUGGUAUUUACAAAAUGACCAGUCUCCAUACCUUUCUUCUCCGUGGAAAACAUGUACAGUGAAUCCAUGUUUGUAUUAAAGACACAUAAGGAGAAAUGAAGCUCUGCCUUUGCAAUCCUUCAGUCCUGUAUGCACAGUAGUAUUUAGAGUGACUGUAUGCUGCUGUAUGUCACAGUCGACCCCGGGGCACAGUAGAAGUCGGUACAAUAAAUCUGCAUAAUUCAUCAGUAGAUGAGCACUUAAGAACGAGGCUCCUCUUUAUCUGUGCUCCAUGUUGGCACAAUGAGGACUCAUACAGAUAUGUUUAUGUUACAACGAGCCCUAUGGAGAGUAAUUGACCCUGGUUUCAUCCCUCUCCUGACAUUUUUCCACGCCAAUGUUUGCCCUGCUUUCCUCUCUCUCUGCUUUUGUGGUCUUCCUCUUUGCAUGCUCUCAACUCUGACUUCUUCCUCCCCUUUUAGUCCAAAGCGGAGCAACGAGAAGCGCAACCGCGAGCACGAGAACAAAUACAUCGAGGAGCUUGCUGAGCUGAUCUUCGCCAACUUCAACGACAUCGACAACUUCAAUGUCAAGCCUGACAAAUGUGCAAUCCUGAAGGAAACUGUGAAACAGAUCAGACAAAUAAAGGAGCAAGGUACGACCUGUAAAUCUUUUUGACACUUUUUAUGUUUGUCGAAGCAAAAGCCAAAGGAAUGGUUCCCAAAUUAAGACCGAAACAGUGGAAAGGACACAGCUUUUCUCUUUGCACCGAUCAUUCAAGCGAAUAAAAAAACCUCAGAGAAGGACAAAGAGAUGCAACUCUCUGGUUUGCUUUUAUUUAAGUGAAUAAGGUUCUGCAGUAUCAUGAAUAUUUUAAGGACGCUGUUGUGAUUUAAAUGCUCCAAUAUAACCACAAGUGCCACAGGUGGCACUCUGUUGGCAGGAGCGUCAGAUCGGACUGCAUAAAUAUUAUGGUGUGGGAUCUGCUCCAUCCACAGUAAUUGAUGCUGGUUUGAAAGGGCGGCAUCAUUGAUUUAAUGUUCCCUCCAUCACUUCAUCAUAUAAUGUGGAGGAACCAGAGCAGUUUCCUGUUGGCUGCUGAUCUUCCCCACUUCUAUCCUGAGCCAGAACAUCAGGAAAAUGGAUCAGUGUGCUCACUUGCACUCGCCAGCUUCUCCUUCAUAGCAGCUAGUGGAGAUUCUUUUUUUCCACUUUUUUUUUUUUUUUCACAUUGGAAUUACUAGACCAAUACAAGUGGAUUAUUUUUCAUCUUCAAAGUCCAGAAAUAGCUGACAAAGUUGUAAAAAGCAGAAUCAUGAAUAAGUUUGGACUCGAAGAAGAAGAAAAGGAAAAAAAAAAACACUAGAGGAGCUGCAGAGCGAGUCGUAGACAAAGAGUGGCCCACUCGAGGUGUACAUGAAUCAGACGGGCUGAUCAUGAUGUCACAGGUGAUGACUCACUGAGCUCAGAGUUAUGUAAUAGUGAACAAUGUGAUGCAAAAACCUCACAAAAACACUGGCUGUAUUUUGUCCGUCCCUUUUCCUUUUUUACGGACUCCCUCUUCCUCCCCCCGUCUCCCUCCCCUCCAGCCCUUCCCUUUCCUCGCUCUCUCAUGUCUUUAUGCCGGUCGACAGUGACGUUUCCAGUCUGCCUCUGAAGGCGUCAUUGUGUUUGUACAGCAGCCACAGAGGGAAGGGCUAAACAGUCCUCGCUCCUCUGCUUUGUUCCCUCAGACCUUGAUCGACAACACCUUCUUUUUUUUUGUGACGUAGUGACGAGAGCUGCUGCCGCUGCUGCGCCUCAUCACCGAAAAACUUGAGCUUCUUUUGGUUUUUCUUGUUGCGCUUGUUGAACCGUAGAUGCACUGAAAGCUCGUGUAAACGUCUCAAGGGUGAAAGUGCAGGCCGCAUCAUUUUACUGCCAUCAUUUGUUGUUUUCAUUGCAGCUCAUCUGUCAUCUCAGGGGUUUAUAUCAGAUUGUUUCAAGGGCACAAUCUCUUUCUAUACGCCGUUUAUUGCCGUCAGUGAUUCUCUGUUUAUGGCGACUUUUCUGAUGUUUUAAAUUAAACCAAUGCGGCUUCAUAACUCUCGCUGAUUGGAGUCCUGGUGAUGAUUGCCUGUGAAAAAGUGCCCCCCCUACAGAAAGGCUUUUAAUUAUCCUUGUUUGUUCCUCUCAUGCUGUCUGCGUACAUUUUGCUAAUUGAAAUAUUUGUGUGCUCAGAACAGCUUGGCUUUCUCUAUUAUUAUUUUUUGUCUCCAGCUUGUUGCUUCUAAAAAGUCAUAUAUUGACUAAUGAUGUCUUUUAUGAUAGCUCCUAUAAAAUAAUCGCAUAGCCUAGAGUUUUACAGCUUUCUUCUUACACUCUUAACCACUCACGGCAAAGAACAGCCUGAUCGGUGGAGGCUGUAAUAUACAGUAGCUGCAAGUAGAUAAGUUUUCAUUCUUUGUAUGGGAGGACCCCUAAAGAUACUACCCGAGAUAGAGUUACAGAUUAUGUAGCAGUUAUGACAAGACACCACCCGACUAAAUAAGCAGGUCCUCCCUCAGUCUGUUACAGCGCUCUGCAGACGGACUGAGAGCUGGUGAGGGCUGCACUGACAUUGAGUGAUGGGUCUGCACCCAGGGCAGCUGUGCUAGUAUAGUGGGCCCCGCUGGGUCUGUGGAGGUCCUGCUGAUGCGCACAUCAUUAAUGCUGAAAGAGAUGAAUGUGCGUCUGUGAGGUGUUGCAGGAGCCCACAGUACAGGGAGAGGAAACCUGUAUUAGUGUCUGCUUUUACACGCCUCCACCUCAAAUAAUUUUCCAUUAAAAAAAAAUUAAUAAAGGAAGGACAGAGUUUUGUUUGCUUUUUACCACAACAUUCUCUCACCAUAUGGUCAGCCCUCUUCUUGGCAUGGUGCGACAGUUAAAUGUGUCCCCCCCAACAGCCCACUCAUAUUCCGCCUCUCAUCAUCAUCUCCAAAAGUAGGGCAGCCUACGCGCCGAACAUAAGGCUUCUCUGCAUGGUUAUUAACCCAAUCAUUCACAUGGACAAAUGAACAGCACCGCAGAGCAGGUACAGGAGGGUACAAAAUACUCUUUAUUUCCACUCUUAAGUAAAGCAGUCACCUGAUAUUUAUAUUUAUAGCACUUUAUUAGGCUAUGGAUUCAAAGACGAUAUGUUUGCCUAAAGCUCUUCACAUGAAAUCUGCUUUAUAUUACUGACCAUAGGUAGCUUUGAGUUUAACAAGCUGCUCUCUAUAUCCAUCCAUGGAAAUCCAGUAAGACUAUGAGCUCAGGAGGAGGAGGAGACACAGCCAGAUAAGUUAUGGGGAAGGCAUUCAUAUGAGGAGGCAUCCCCGCUGCUAAAGGGUAUCAGUGUUGAGAGCUUUCAAAAAUAAAACGUGAAUCCCAAUCAUGGAUUAUAAAAAGCGUACUUGUACUUUCGUGACAAAUAUAGUACCAGCUUUAAGGCAAACCAAGUUUUUGUGUGAAAACACGGCUAAAAGCCUUUAAACUCAUACUUCCUCAGGGCUUGACACUAACUUUUUUCACAAGGGCCACAUGUGCUCCUAAGUUGAAAAAGUAAGGCGCACACAAAAAACUCUAGGGGCAAAUGGAAAAUUGAUCAAAUAAUGUGUGUCUUAUUGGUCGACAUGAGUACUAUUAUUUGAAAUCAAUUUUAGGUCAAUUGGUCACGUGGCAUGGAAGCUAUUGAAGAAAAUGUAAAAAAUUUGCCUUUAAAUUUAACACAAAAAUGUUUUAGAGGACAAAUUUGGGAAAUAAAGAGGUGUGCCUUAUUUAUUGAUACAAGUACUAUUAUUGAAAUCAAUUUUAGGUCCAUUGGUCAAAUGACAUGGAAGCUAUUGAAGGAAAACACCUUUUCUGAGAACAUCAACCGGUAAUUUAUUGAUGGUCCCUUAUUCAACACCCGACAUUGACAGCGAGGGUGCCGAGUAGAUUGAACCGUGCUGCUGUGGCUAUUCCCGGUUAUGGAGAGUGAGAAGACACCAGUAGAUCCGCAGUGAAUGUCCAUCGAAUAUCCAACCUAAAACUAACUUCACCGCAGUAUUUACAUAAAAAAACAUUUAUUGCCUCCCAAAUGCGGGUGAAACGGUCGCACAGUCGAACCCUGUUCUAUCUCUAGAUGUCAGUCACCAAAAUCAUACAUAUAAAGUGAUUAAAAAGUGAGAAAUGUUGGCAACUUGUUGCAACCGACCCACACAGAAACAACUUGCCUUUCUAUUAUGAGCUUCAGUUGUUUACACACGUAACUGUUUUUAUAAAGGCCCUCUCUUUUUCUUUUUUUUUUUUUUGCACAUCACAAUGCAGUCCAUCCAGUGGCUGCCACCAGCAUGGCAGCUGCAUGCUCUGACACUCUCAUUUCCAACAACCUUUCUUUCCCAUCACCGCUCACUGCUUGGGCUCGAGCCACGGUAACAUGUUUUGACAAAAGGAGAAAAAAAAAUGUGUUUGCUUUGUAGCCAGAAAGAUUACUUGUUAGGAGUCUUGUGAACAGGUGACCUCUUUUGAAGAAUAUGGGUCAGUUUUAGAGGGGAGAGAGGGAAAAUCAUUUUCUUUGCCAGUUAACCCUCAAUGACGGGCGUGUUUUGUUGUCCUGUUUUGUUCCCUAUAUCAACAAAACAUCUAAUGAGUAAGGGCUGUUCGAAUCCUUUCUCCUGUUCAUAACGAAAUUCUCUUCGACUCUUACUUGAUUUUGUGCUUCUUACCUUUUUUUGUUAACAGAAAAAGCAGCAGCAGCGAAUGAGGAGGAGGUGCAGAAAGCUGAUGUCUCAUCAACAGGCCAAAGUGUGAUUGAUAAAGAUGCCUUGGGACCAAUGAUGCUGGAGGUAGGUUUCCUUGCUCAUUCACAGUGUCAUUCGAAACCACACACUGAAGUACCCACGCUGAACACUCAUACCAGCACUCACCUACCAUAAGCUCUUCUCUUAAACUCCCGAUCACUAUCAAAUGAAGAGUGCCAUCCGCAGAGAACAAUCACAAAUGGGCCGGUAGUGUCUGUGUGUGUGAGAGUGUUGCUAUGUGGAGUUGAAGCUGCCAGCGUCUUGUAUCUGCCUCGGAUUGGCUGUAAAUCACGGUGUGCAGCAAUGGCCUCGUUGUCCUGCGGAGGGCCACUGAAGUGCUUACGUAUAAUGGGAAAGAAAGCAACAGCCCGGCGAAUGAAUCACUCCAUUGAGCCCGUCCUCUCACUCACUCACUUCCUCCCUCCCUUUCUCUCUUUCUCUCUCUCUUGUUCAGUUCUCUCACUCUCUCUCUCUCUCUCUCUCUCUCUCCCUCCCUAUCCUCUCUUCAUUUGCCUCUAGAUCUGUCCUGUCAUGGAAUAUUUAUAGCUCUUCUGGUCCAGCGUCACCGAAUCGACAUACUAACUCGCGGCUAAAUAUAGCCCAGCGCAGCCCGCAUGCUUUCCCAUCUGUCAGCGGCCCCAAAACACAGCGAUCGGCCAUUCACACCCCGCUCUGCUCUGGCCACGUCCCCAUCCGACCAGCCCCCAGGCUUAUUACAGGAUGCUCUAAAGGGGGACUGGUCAGCGGCAGGAAAUGCUCCCACGUGCCCCGUGACCCCCUGCUCCUACACUUUCUGCUGCCCACUGCCAUGAGAGCACAGGAAGACAGCGCAGGGUCAUGAAAAAACAUUAGCAUGCUGUUGUUUUAACCCCCGGGGACAAAUCUUGUUCCGUCACAUGACUGUGGCACAGUUUGCAUUCCUGUGCAACUACACCGUGUGGCCCCUGCUUUGUAUUAUGAAUACACCAUCAAUGAGUCAUUCAGAUGCUCAAUGCUGAAGCGGAGUAAGGCUUUGGAAAGCAGGACCAGAGCGAAACCUGUUUUUUUUAAAAGCUCCUUCUAGCUAAUGUGAAUAUCUAUUUUUGUUUUAUUUCUAAAUGUAAAUGUAAAUAUUCUUUAUUUAUACAGCGCUUUAUAACAACCCUUUCAGUUAACCAAAGUGCUUUACAAAACAUAGUAAAUAAAAAUGAACAAAUAAAAGCAAUAAAAACAAUAAAAAAAAUUUAAUUAAAAAUAAAAAAGAAUUAGAUACAAUGCAAUAAAAUCAAGUAAAAGUGUCACCACACUACUGCUACUACACACAGUAGAAGAAAUUCCCAAACUUGAUUGAACAGAAUAAGAUGUUAUCUGCUAAAACUGAUCGUAACGGUUAAUUUGUCUCGCAUUCAAAGGAGGUGACAAAAGAUUAAUUUUUCCGUCUCUGAAUUAUCACCCAGAUUAAAUCUGUCCAUCCCGUCGGUCGCUGUUGCUGCGGCUCUAAAGCCUUUGAUUCAUGGAGAUCAGAUUACUGUCAUGUCCCUCAAGCCGGGUUUGCCUCAGAAGAGUUUGUCAGUCGGUUCAGAGCGCAGCGGCUCAUAUUCUGAUCACAUCACGUGAGGAGGGGCUCAUAACUCCAGUGACAGCCUCUCUUUAUUGGCAGAGUAGUUUAUGGGCGCUGCUGGAAAUACACAAAAUAGUAGAUUGAUAGUGCACCCCCCCCAUACUUGAUUGACAUGGUGAACCCAUUUGAACCUGCUCAGUCUCUUUGCACUCACCUUGAUCAUCGUUGUGUUUGACUCUUGAGGUUGUUUGUGCGUUUAUUUGACAUAUUGUUUUAUGGUGUAAUGUGUUUUUGUGUAUUUAUCGCGUUAUAAUUUUUUUUUGUGUGUGAAGCUUAAAUAAAUACUUCACAUUAAAAGUGGAAAAACUGUUAAAUCAACAAAAUUAGUAUCAAAACAAAAGCUUGACUAUUUUAAAAUCAGUUUUUAAUCGGUUUUGUUAUUAUUUUAACCUGUUUUAUUAUCUAAAAUUGGGAAAAUGCCUCAAAUGUUGCUGUUUUUGUUAAAAUUAUAACAUUUAUCACCAAAGUCUGAAACUACUUCAGUCCAAAGCUCUACUAGAGGCAUGUUUGAAGUGUUUUUGUCAACAGUGCUGCUUGGUCAUUCUGUAAAAGCACAUGUUUAGCAAGAAUGAAUGUCCCAGGGACAUAAGGGACGCAGAUCUAAAACACCACUAUCUUGUCAUAAAUAACAGAAACCCUCACGAGAGCCCACUCUCCACACUGUAACUGCUCACUGCCUUCUGCUAAUAGACGGCAGGCUAAGUGUAAAACAGGAAACAAAACCAAAGAGUGUGGUAAUCAGGGCAUUUUAAUCUGGAGUAUGUUCAUUUGUAUCAGCUUUAUUCAUGUCUACAGUCGUAGAUUACGCUGUUGGUUAACUGCAUUACGCAAGAUUGUCUGGAAGAAGGCAAUAGUUGGCACCAAAGGAGUGUUUGCUCUCUUUCUGUUUGCCCUACUUGUCCAGUACACAGCCCUUUCUUCACUCGGGGGCCGACUUGCACAACCCAUGUUGCAUUUUGGAAACCGCUCAGUUUCAUGCUGUGAUAGAUGAGAUCCCCUUAAAGUCUAUUUUCGGCUUCUGCUGCGUUAAUGCAGGCGAGGUGGAAACUUCUGUCCGGGCGUGAUCUGGGGUGGUACACCCCAAAAGCUUAGCCCGCUGGUUCAUCACGUGAAUAUGCGUGUGAAUAUUUUAGGAUGUAGAAAUUUGCUUUAUAGACUGGUGCAGACGCUUUUUUUUAUACAUAGUCGUGUAAACUCUGAGGAAGAUUAUUACCAUGGCGGUAUUCUCUUAUCUUGGCGCUAGAUUUCACAUCUUAACAACCAGCAGAAAUCCCUUUUUAAAAGUGCUGUGUGAUUUGAUGGCCUAAUUGACACCAUCUUGUGCGUAAUGGCGGACCUGGGGCUGUAUUCUUUCAAUUAAGUGCUCCUCCUCUUCUACAUCCUCCUGUCUCUUCAGGCACACGCUUUUAUCCUGUUUUCUAUCAGGAGCGCUGAUGUUGAUCAUCUGCUGCAAUGAUGGGUGUACCCAGCACUCAGUGUCCUAAUCACUUCGCUUUAGACACAACACAUUCUCAUGCUCCUAAAAAGGGAAAUAAAGAUGGUUACACUGAUUCUGUCUCUUAUACUGUUGCUUUUAUUUCACAGUGACUGAUCUGUUCUAUUCAAAAGCUAAUUCUUUGACUCUGUUAUUCUUCUCUCCCCCCCAGGCCUUGGAUGGCUUCUUCUUCGUGGUGAACAUGGAGGGCAACAUCGUCUUUGUGUCGGAGAAUGUGACCCAGUACCUCCGCUACAACCAGGAGGAGCUGAUGAACACCAGCGUCUACAGCGUGCUGCACGUCGGGGAUCACGCAGAGUUCAUCAAGAACCUGCUGCCCAAAUCCCUCGGUUAGCAUCCAGCUCUAAAUUUCCCCUCACUUUGCACUCCAGCGUUUUUUGUUUUUUUUUCCACCUGUCAGUUUCCGUCUCGCCGUGUCACUGGCGCUCCACGUCUCUUUCUGUUUUCCUAACUCUGCGUGUAUGUCCUCUGUGUUGCAUCAUUCUCACCUCUGCUCAUAACUCUCAUUGACACACUCGUCUCUUGUGUUUUACGCACACUCUGCUCCCCCCCUCUCUACUCUUCCUCUUCAUGUUUACUGCACUGAGAUUGUCGGAUGUCUGUUUUGGUGUGGAUGUAAGUGGAAUUAAAAUGUUGACAGUUAAACUGCUCCUGAAAGUGGGAGGGAAAGAAACAUCCCAGCUUCAUACACGCUGGUGGGAGAGUGUGUGGGACCUAUAGGUUCUUCAUUUUCUCUUCUGCUGAUGCUCUGCCCAGACAUUUUCUCCUGCUCUUCUCUUCUUCCUCCCCCCUCCCUCCCUCUCUUCUCGGCUAAUUAACUUCCUUUUUCGGCAUCCCUCCCCUGUCAGCAGCAGCAGCAUCGCUCUCUCCCUAUAUUCUCAUCUCAUGCCCUUCCUUCCCCUUCUCUUCAGUUUGUGUGUUAUUCUCACUCCCACCAAGUUCCAGUUUCGUGGCUCUCUCGCUUUUCAAUUUCUGAAGUCUCCCUGAAAAGCAUUGUUUUACUCGAGCAUUGCUCAUAUCUUGACAGCAGGUCGUUUAUCCGCACAAGACACACAUUUGAGUUUCUCUUUCUCCUUCUUCUUCUUCUUCUUCCCUCCUCUGCAUCCUCCCUCUCCAUCUUCCCUGCGCUAAAGGUGAUUGUAAUGUAUGUCAUCUCACUCCUUUCUCCAAGUCCCCACUCCUCCUCCUCUUCUUCUCCUUCUCUCCUGGUGCUUCGGAUUGAGGUCUGAGUGUCCGGCCAUCUGGGUGGGGGAGCAGCAAAGAGCCGAGUACCCUGGAAAUGAUCAGUGGGCUGUGUCCCAGAUACUGGGAGAUUAUCAAUGCACCGAAUGAGAUCACAAACCAGAUGGAGUGUGAUGGGAGUUUGCUAGAGUUAAAUGAGUUGUGAGUGUGUGUGUGUGUGUGUGUGACUGUACAUCUCUCCUGUUCUUUUUUAGCGUGUCGAAGUGUGUCUGUCUGUGUGUGUGUGUGUGUGUGUGUUUGCUCACGCUUGUGUAAGUGUUGGAGAGCAGAAGAAAGAUUGGCAGUGGUGUUUUAGAGGACAUGCAUAUGGAGGCCUGGCUGUGAUGCAUGGCUGUGGAUAGAUGGCACAGGGCUCUGAGUUCCAACUGCUCAUUAUGACUGAUCUCUACCCAGCAACUGCUCUCUCCUUUUUUACACUUUUCCUGCUUCAUUCUCUCUUUCUUGCUCUCAUUAUGUCUUUCACUCGCAGCGUGGUAGCCUCUCUUGGCUCCCAGUCCCACCUCUCCUUUUCCAUUGUUGUUCACUUUUGGUUGUGGUAAAAAAAAAAACAUUUUAUAUAUGUAUCCAGAAAAAUUCCUCACAUGAAGCCACAUUGUAAAUCUCUAAAGAGUCCUUUUUCGCUCUCUCCCGCAGUAAACGGCGUCCCGUGGUCCAGCGAGGGUCCGAGGAGGAACAGCCACACGUUCAACUGCCGAAUGCUGGUCAACCCACACAGCGAGAACCAGGACGAGCAGCACGAGCACGAGCCUCAGCCGCAGAAAUACGAGACCAUGCAGUGUUUCGCAGUGUCCGAGCCCAAGUCAAUCAAGGAGGAAGGAGACGGUACGGAGGGCAAAGGGACAAAGUUGUGGGGGGGAAAAAAAGAGGAAUUUGAUGUGAAAGCAAUAAUCCUACAAAACAGCUUUGUACAAAAUUAGUUUGAAUUUCAUUUAUCUGUAAAUCUUAACAGAUUUAUGAAACACAUCUGAUUAGACAGCUUCUGAUUAAGAUAUGCUGCAAGAUUAGAGGAAAUGUAAGCAACAUUACAGGAUAAGUAUCUCUGAGCUUAUGAAUGAAGAUGUCCUGGAAAAACAUGUCAGCAGCGAAGCAAUUCCAAAACACUGCCCUCUUUAUGAGAGUCGGCUCAUGACAGACCAAAGGCAAACUUUUUAUGAGUGAGGAAUAAAAGACUGCCUCAGAGAGAAAUCAGCCUGAGAUUAUCUUUGACACUGGGAUACACAAUAAAAAAAGAAAAACAAACAGUGAAGUGGGAAAAAACUCUGAGCGGUCUGUCAGACCUGGAUGAACCAACUUGUUGAUUCAAAAACAAUAAUAGUGACAAUUUUAUUUACCCGAUGACUUUACAGAUAAGAGAUCGCAAAGUGUUUUCAUGAACAUGAAACUCAAAAGAAAAAAAAAAACAUGAUCAGGUUUAAGAAGUCAGUAAAGUAAUGUAGUGAUAAUUAGGAGGUCAAAAGAGGUUAAAAUGUAAAAAUAGAAUAGGAUAUGGAGGAAAUGGGAUGAAGCUGUAAAGAGUGACGUAAAUGAAGCAAUGAAAUGAGUGACGGAAAAAAACAUCAAAAAUGAAAUAAGAAGGAAUUGUGAUGAAAAAAAUACAAGAAACAGAAAAAAUACAAGAAAUUAAAGAAAAAGACUCAAAAAAGAGAAAGAGGCAAUGAAAAAUAGCAAAACAUCACAACUAAAAAAAAAUCAGAGAAAAAAAAACAAGUGAAAUCAUUACUGUAAAAGAAAAAACAAUGGAAAAAGUGCAAGAAUUUUAAGGAAACGAAAGCAAUGAGAAAUUAUUCUAAAAAAGAAGCAAAGAUAAUUAAAAAAGAAGAAAUUCAGGAAAUAAUAUGACCUGAAAGACUAAUAAGAUUAAAAAAGGAAAUAUCAUGUAAAAUAGAAUUUGAAAUAGCAAUAAGAUGGCACAAUAUAAUGCAGCAAAUCUACAAUUCCUUAUCAACAGGAUUUCAGACUGAGUGCUGUUAUAAGAAAUUAAUUUAAGUUUAUAGUCAGAUUUCUUAAACACUGAAAAGAAGAUGCAGCUCAAAAACCUUGAAAAGGACUUAGAGAGUUUAAUAAGAUUGCUUUUUGAAAGAAUUAGUCUGCGGUUGAAUGGUGAAUACAGCAGUUUACAUCUAUAUGUAUGAGAGCAGAGCACGUUUGAGUCUUAUUACUGACAUGGUGAGAGUCCUUUAAGCAGCUGAGGAAAAGCAAAGCUGCUGCCACUCAACGUGCAUCCAUGAAAAGUUAAGUGACACGAGGGAGACGUGAGGCUGGGCAGCUGUCAUUAAAGCACAUCUAUAAUUCAUGCACACCCCUCACAAACCUGAGCUGAUGACUGCGAGCGCAGACUGUCGCAGUUUGAAACACAUGUGCCGCCGUUCAACCUCUGAAAACUUUCAGAUUAGUCUGGACUCUACACUUAGAGCAUAUUUGGGAGCUCAUUUGGGCAGAGAAAGAGAGGAGCUGCAUUUGUGGUGGCCGCUCAUAUAAACAUCGGCUCCUGUUCCUGGGGAAUGAUUUAAAUUGUGUGUUGCUCCUGCUCUUCUUACAGUGUUCAGUUGCAGAGAGGUCAACGCUCCGUUCAAGUGGUUUUUUAGGGCUUUGGAAAGGAACUCGAGAUCCUGUAGUUUGAGUAAAUUUCCAUCACAAGCGGCUUUCCCUCUAUCAUAGGAAAUAAAAAAAAACAGACGCAUACUGUGUUCAAAACAAAUUCUAUACCAUAAUAACAUAAACUUUAUAGAAGAGGAGUCUUUAAAACGGAACUUCGUAGUAAGUCUAAAUAAGUGAUUCAUUAAAACAAUAAGUGGAUAUGCAAAUUUUUCACUCCAACCUGUCUUUCAUCUCCGGCUUCCUUUGUGCACCAGCUGCUUGCCAGCCAUACUUUGGCAAAUACACCGACUGGAAUCCAAGCCAGAGGUGUGUGUGUGUGUGCAUGUGUGUAUGUGUCUGUGUGUGUGUGUGUGUGUGUGUAGGCAGCAAACCAGGAUCAGUGGUUACAGUUGCAGGAGUUUGUCCAGAGACAGAAGAAAGAAGGUAGGAGAGAAGGCGAAGAGAAAGCAAGAGAGUUUGGAGGGAUUCACUGAUUUUGGGAGCGGGACCACCCAAGAGGCUCUGUUUACGACUUAAAACGAGGAAUGCCUGUGUGUGUGUGUCCAAGUGUGUAUGUGUGUGUGUGUGCGCGCGUAUGUGUGUGUUAGCUCUGGCAUGAAUUCCUCAGCUAGAAACAUGUGUGGGGUUGUGGGUAUUGCUGGCACAUAGAAGUCAGAUGGCAGACUUUUUGGGUCACCCCAGUCCUGGACCUGGCAAUAUCAUCUGCGUGUGUGUGUGUGUGUGUGUGUGUGUGUGUGUGUGUGUGUGUGUGUGUGUGUGUGUGUGUGUGUGUGUGUGUGUGUGUGUGUGUGUGUGUGUGUGUGUGUGUGUGUGUUGCUAUCAUUAUUGAACGAUGGCAAUCUUUAAAGUCGGGCCAGGGGAGGUGUCAGCGGUGUGAGAUGGCACUGUAGGUGAGACUAGCCGGAGACACACAGCAGAAAGCACACACAUACAGCAUGCACACACAUGCACCUUCAAAGGUCACACUUCAUCAUUUCCCCUGCCGGCAAUCGCUGCUCCUCCUCAUGAAAGCAGCGCAGCCCUGAUCCCCACGCUCAUUAAUAACUGUAUUAAUUAUGCUGCCUGGGAAUAACAUGCAUUUCAUUUUCUUUCCCUCCCUCCGUCUCUAUCAUUUACGCCCUCUUCUUCCCCUCCCCCUUCAUCCCUCUUGCUUCUGCCCUGUCCUCUUUGUUACAUCCUACACCCUCUCCCCUCUGUACCUCUUUCUUCCUCUCUCUCUCUUUUCUAGACUUCCAGUCGUGCCUGAUCUGCGUGGCGCGUAGGGUGCCCAUGAAGGAAAGACCCAUGCUUCCCACGCAUGAGAGCUUCACCACACGCCAGGACCUGCAAGGUACUCGAACCACUCUCACAGCCGGGACCUCCAAACUUUCAUAGCGAAGCACAUCUACAAAAUUGCUCUUUCUACUGCAGACAUAAGUUUCCAUGCCUGAGGGAAACACUGUCCGGUAAAAGGAUAUUAGGUUACCCUGAGUGUCGAAUUAUUUCUCCAAGCAGCUGUUUGGAUGAGACCAACGUAUUACAAAAAAAAAAAAAAAAAUCAAAGUGCUGGUACGGGCACAUGCUCAUCACUUCCUUAUCCAGUGUCACCAGCUCAUAAAUCACUUCACACCAGGUUGGGUGUUAAAAGAUGAUUAUAUCCCCGGUGAAGGCCCUCAGGACUGAAUGUGUUAGUUCAACCUGCAGCCUCACUUUGGGAGGUAAAAAGAAAUUGUGAAUAUCAGUGCAUCUGCAUUUCACCUGAUCCUUGAUGUAGACCUAACAGACAGACACACACACACACUAAUAGUUACUCACCAGUAUGUAGUAAUUUACUGUAGCUCCCCACCCAGACUUCUGUAGGUAUGUGAGAACUAAGCCUGCUCCUUAAGCACGUGUUAGUUAGCUCUGUAAGAUCCUGGAGAAACCAUGUGUCCUUGUUGUUUGAUGAUAUCCUUGUUAUGUUGAAAAUCUCAAUGCAUCUGAGAUGUCUGCCUGCUGAUAAGAUGAAUAUGGUGUUAUGCUGUAAAAAGCGACUGUUAUGAAUGUUUGUGACAAGUCUUUAGUCAGUCCCUCUGGCUGUCAUUCAAGCAGCAGUCUGCUUGUCAGCCCGUUAAAUGCAUCACUGCCUCCAUUUAAAUCACAGCCGAUGAGAGACAACUGUUACUCAGUGAGUGUGUGAGUGUGUGUGUGUGUCUGUGUAUGUAAGUACAGGUAGAAUGAAUGCAUUUGUAGAGCUCUUAAGAAACUUGAGGACUUUCUCCUGAAAACGUUUCUUCACAAUCUUAUAAUUUAUUUCUAGCUCAAGUUUUUGACAAGCUGUAAUUAAAAUGUAAACGCAGAGAAUCUUCAGUUCAUUAUUUCCUCACUCGAUAUCAAACCACAGAGCCGUCUCGCAGCAGAGAGGCAAAGUAAAGAGCAUCUUCUCGUCAACAAGCUGCUCUACAUGUUUAUUUUCGAGCGAGACAACAAAUCCCCGACAGCUCAGCACAGUGCAUGUGUUCAGAAAACCUGACUUCUAUGUCUGACUAAGGCUCCCUUUAAUCCACUCCUCUGUGUUUAGGUAAGAUAACGUCCCUGGAUACCAGCCUCCUGCGGGCGUCCAUGAAGCCCGGCUGGGAGGAUCUGGUGAGGCGCUGCAUCCAGAGGUUCCACCUGCAGAACGACGGAGAAAUGUCAUUCGCGAAAAGACAUCAGCAAGAAGGUAAAGCUACCCACAGCCAAAAUUCUGAAGUGCUACUUUGAUAUUUUUCUUUUUUCCUCCCUAAAGAUUGACCACCUGCCCCCUUUAAACAAAGCUAAAGGUGAAUCAUAAGCUGCUGCUGUUUGUCCCUCAAUCAAAUCCAAGCUGCAAACAGAAACCUCACAACACAGAAUGAGUAACAGAAAAUGAGUCAUUCACUUGUGUGCGCAGAGAUCUUAUCGUGAAAUGGACAAGUUUUAACUAAAAUAAGUGUUUCUAUGUUUGCAGUGCUCCGCCAUGGUCAGGCCUUCAGCCCCAUCUACCGAUUCUCGCUCUCUGAUGGAACCAUUGUGUCGGCUCACACUAAGAGCAAACUGGUGCGCUCGCCUGCCACCAACGAACCCCAGCUCUACAUGUCCCUGCACAUUCUCCAGAGGUAUGUCUCCCUACCUACACCAGUCAGGGAGGCAGAGAAAGCUGCCGCAUGAACUUGGUUGCAUGUUUUAGCCUGUUAUUGCCCUGCAGGGCUAUAUGAUAGCUUCAUGUGCUCUGGUGUGUAUUUUCAUGCUUGCUCAUGGUUUCGAGCAGCACAAAGACAAUACAGUGGCUAAUGUUCUCGGCUAUUUUAAACGUAUCUGGUCAUAAAGCUGUCAAAUGAACCUGCUGUGCUGUCUGUCUGUGUGUUUCACACCUCCAGGGAGCAGACAGUUUGUGGGAUGGGCCAGGACAUGGGUCCUGGCAGUCAGGCCACAGGGAUGGCUCCCAAACCAAUGAACCCCUCCACUCCCUCCAUGACUCCUCCAACCCCAGGCUCUUUGCCAGGUUCAGGGCCUCAGGGCCAAGACACUACCAUCAGCAGCAACAGCACCCCUUUCUCCCCUCCUGGCCCCGCUGGCCCAAGAGAGCCAGCAGCCAUGGGGGGCCAUAUGCAGGGCUACCGUUUUGGCUGCCCCCCACCACACAACCACACUGGGGGCAUGCAGCCUCCACAGCAAGGCCCCAACUGGAGGAUGAACAGCCCAUCUCGUGCCAGCCCCAGCCCUGCAGGUGGACCACACCCACCUCAACAGAACUCUAUGCUGUCGCCCAGGCACCGAGGGAGUCCUGGGGGGGCUGGCAGCCCUCGUGUAGCAGGAGGCCUGCACUCCCCUUCCCCUGUGGGGAUGUGUGGUGGAGGGCCUGGAAGUGCAGGUAGUAGCAGCACGGCCAGCACUCAUGCUAACAGCUACACUAGCAGCUCUCUGUCCGCUCUGCAGGCUCUGAGCGAGUGUCACGGUGUGGGACAUGGACACGGACCCCCUCAUGCACACACCCUGGGGUCUCCAGAUAGAAAGAUUGGCUCCCCAGCUGGGGUCACACCAGGGUCAGGGGUGAACUCGCAUCUGAUGUCAAAACUAGGAGGAAGCAGUGGUGGUGGUGCAGGAGACUCAUUUGGUCCUCACUCAGAAGGGGGUCAGGGGCACACGCAAGGCCAGACUGAGAGCAACCUAUCUGAGCCUAAGGAAGAGAGAGAUGGACCUGCUGAGGGCCAUGAUGCUCACAACCGUCUUCAUGACAACAAGGGACAGACAAAGCUGCUGCAACUGCUCACCACCAAGCCUGAGCCCCUGGAGACGUCUCUUUCCCCCAAUGCUGGAGGCGAGAGCAAGGACCAGGCCGGGACAGGGGUCCGGACUGGCCACACAGCGGGGACGACACACGCCACGUCCCUUAAAGAAAAACACAAGAUCCUCCACCAACUGCUCCAGAACAGCACGUCUCCUGUAGACCUGGCCAAGCUCACAGCAGAGGCCACAGGCAAAGAGCUGGGCCAAGACCAAACCCCAGGGGCCGGUGGGACAGCUGCUGGGGCCGAAAUUACACCCAAGCAGGAGCCCCUGAGCCCUAAGAAGAAAGACAAUGCCCUGCUACGCUACCUGCUGGAUAAAGAUGACACUGUACUGAAGGACAAGGUGCCUAAACUGGAGCCCGGGGAGGUGAAGGUGGAAGGAGGGAAACACCCUCUCGUCAAAGCAGAAAAACAAGACGCAGGAUACGACCGAGCUGAACAGGUUAGUUUCACACACUUUAUUUCGCUCCUGACAUUUGAGGCGGGAUAUUUACGUCCCUGUUGCUGCGAUGUGUAAAACAUGGGGGGCGUAAUGGUGGGGCAAAUGGGGACCAUCUCUUUGAGGUAGCAACAGAGGCAGAAUUGGAGAAAGUUGAUAUGGAUGUGAAGCGUUAGUGUUGAUAGGGAGGUUCUCACUGUGUGUCCACAAGACCCCCAAAAGCAGCCCUAAAACCCUUUACUCCUCCUCUUAAACUUCAUUCAGAAACCUAAACUUUUCUACCCUCUUCUGCUCCACUUGCCUCCUCUCUGUCCGACCCUUAAUCUAGGUUAGGUAGCAGAUGUUUCCUCCUCCAAGUCCUAUGUCCACACAGUGUGCCUCAGUUUAACACGUCCGCCAUAGGAGAGGUCAGAGAGGAUUCAUGGCGUUCAUACAGAAACAUAAACACGUCGAUCGUCUUCUUCUACACACUUAAGACAUCACGCAUGUCCUUUAAAACCAAGUAUUAAACACAUCUGUGCCUGUCAGUGUAUAUGUGUUGGCAGCACGAGCACGGGUGAAGCUGUCCGCCUAGCUUCAAACAACUGUGACAUUUGGAGGAAGCCCCUGUGGUUCUCCAGCUAUUUGAUCCUGGUUGCGUUUGGCCUUAGUCUCCUGGUUUGGCAGACGGCGAGGGUCAGGACUGGCGCUUGAAAGCAGAGGAGGGAGAAAGUGAAAUAGGAAGCUCGGAGGGAGCGCGUGGCUGUUAAAACUUCAGAUUUCAGCGAGACCAUGGAAAUAUGUUUAAUUAACAAAAUCACAAUUAAAUACACAUAAUAUAAAUGUAACACUUUCUCUUAUUACCUCCCUCUUCUUAGACAAGUCUGUCUAAUAUUUUUGUUUGUGUGCAUGUCCAUUUGUGCUUUCUUAUCGUUUCCCACCUUCUUUGUUGCACAUUUCCGAGCGCGCAUACAGAUGUGCAGCGGUACACAAUGCGUGCUAGCUGUGCGCACUCGCUGUGUAUAAUGUACAGCGUGUGCUCGGCCACUCAGGUACAUAUGAAGAAGACUAAGGAAAAGGGUGAUUGGAUGGAUAAUACGAGCUGCUGUUGAACUGAACAAAGAAGGAGAGAUGAGAGAGAGAGGUGUAGAUACCCCCAGGAGAGCCCAGCCUCGGCAGGCAGAGUGAAAAUGAUGAGCCAUAUGCUCCUGCAUGUCCUCUCUGCUACCAUGGAGAUAGAGGGGAGAGGGAGUGGUGAGUGUAGAACAAGGAACGGGAAACAAUAGAGAGAGGAAGAAGAGGGAGAAAUAUACUUUAUCCAUAUGUCGUCAAGGUUUUAUUUUAAGAGACCUGCUUAGAGCACAGAGCAAAAUGAAAACUUGGAUUUAUCAGAAAGGUGGUGGUGAAAGCAUUUAAAGCAUUUAACAGUGCUGGUGAUUACACAUUUCAGUGACUAUGGUUUCCAAGCCAGAACAAGGGCAUUUAUUAGACAUGUACCAAAGCCAUGACUUCAUUAGGAGCCAUUACAUGUGUGUGAGUGGGUUUCUGCUCAGCCGUGUGUGAAAGCUGACUGUACUAGUUAAAAAGUCCACUCAUCCUUCUCUCUGUACCAACCUCACCCACUGUAUUCUCGCUCCAUCUCCCUUCCUCCCUCCUCUCUCUCUCUCUCUCUCUCCUCCUCAUGAUUGUUUGAGGGCUGAAUUAUUGAUGGCUGGAGCAGAGCUAAAUGAGAAAUCAGAGCAGAGCACAGUAUUAGUGGCCAUGCUGAUGGCGAAACGAAGUAUAGGUAUGGUCAUUUAGUCCCUACGAUGGGAGGGAUUAUCUUGGUGUUGUGUAUGUGUGAAUGUCCCUGUGGUUGUUUCAAACAUUUUCAUGUCAACAUACUCUCUAUGAAGCUGCAUAAGACUUCUCCCCACUGCACUACCGCCGCAUCAACAAAACAUAUAUGCUUUAGAGCAAGAGUCAAAUAAAGCAAACGUCCAUCUGGAGUCGAACACAACUCGUUCCCCGCCCUCGCUCAAGUUCUUCAUUGCAGUGUCACUUUCAAUCACAAGUUUGCCUUUGCGUUCAGUCUUUAUUGCAUCAGGAGUAAUUAGGAUAUUUAUCCCAAUAGCCACACACACUAUAUGACCCGGAUAAUCAAAGCUGUAGGAGAAAGUACAUCAAUUUGUCUCAUUCAAUACAGUCUAAUUUUGAAAAGGUGCACCAUAAGUUUCAGCCGGCCUGAAGUCUGCCGUUUUCCUCUUAACUUGGAAGAGUCUGUUGAAUGUCAAACUACAUGCCAAAACAUGUCAUUUCCACUGGAGCUACAUUUCCAGAGAUCGCACAGGUCCUUAUGUAAGGUUAACAGCAAAAGUCCUCAAUAACUGAUGUGUGUUCAAUCAUCUGGAUCAUAUCUGACAUGGAAAGACAUUUUAUUAAUUUGAAGAAAUACUUCAGAGUAACUCAAAAAGUAGCCUGGGUUAAUAUGUCGUUUUCUUAAUAAUAAUAUUCCCCAGAAGUUUUUCUAAACUAUAUAGAGAUGAUUCCUAUCGUCUUUACUAUUUUAGAAAUACCAAAAAAUACAUUUUGCAAUUUAGUUUGAAUUUCUGGUAAAGGCAAAGAUAAAAAUUUAACCAAAAGGAAUCGUAAGAUAAAAAUGAGAGGUGACUGAAACCGGGAAUUGCCUCCAUUGCUGAGGCCCAUAAUUCAUUAACUUCUUCAUUUACUGCUGUCAUCUCUCUGUGAUUUCCACCAUGAGGCAGAUGAUAUCUUUUGAAUUACGUAAUGAAAUCCUGCUGGUAAAUAUUGUACUUCCCACUCGUAAAACUCCCAUCAUGACUUUAAAUGUCACACUAUCUACUAAGUUUGAACUUUUAUAGGUGCGGUUUAGACUUGUGUGAAAGGUUUUUUGUUUUAAUAUUUCGUUUUAGUUGUACUGUUAAUUACAGACAAAAGUGGAGUCUCACUUUAGAGGGAAAUCACUUUUCCUUUUGCUUUUCAUGACAGCAGCAGUUCUGCUUUGCCCAGCCUGUUUCUCGGUUCCCUUUUUCAUUUAAAUGGCACCAGUCGGGUCAGGGCGUCACAAUGGUGACCUUAACUCCAGGCUGAAAUUGUAAAAUCAAGAUCGAGAACUAAAUAAAGUGAUGUUCACUAUUACUGCGGUUAAGCUGAUUCCCAGAAAAAAAGAAAUUUUUACUAAGUUGAAUAGUGAGAAGACACUUCUGGCCUUAUUACCAGAACCUGUUCUGUGGGAUUUCACCGAAUAUGAAAAAUGAAGUUGGUAACCACAUAAAGAAACUGACAUUAAUCAGUAUUUCAGCCACAAACGUGCUGGAAUUAGCAUGUGAACCGAAUCUUAAACGUAACUAUACAGUGUGAGGAUUUACUAAAAAACAAAAAGGAUUUUUAACUUUACAUGUUUGCCCUCAAACGGUGUACUGCAUCAUAUGUCUCAGCCAUCUCUCCAUAUUUAAAACUUUUCCACCAAAAAGCCAAAAAAAAUGGAUCCGCAAAUGGACUUUUUCUAGAUUAUUUCUAAGUAGGAGAAAUUUUGUCUCCACGUAUCCCUCCAGUUUCAGAUAAACACAGUAUUCCAGCCUGAAAUGCAGAGAGGAAAGAUGUGGAUUGCGUUACAUGCUCUGACAUGCAUUGAGGGAAGAGAGUAACAGGGAUUGAUAGAAAUAGGACCCAUUAAGGGUAAAAGCAACCGGAGAAGACGAGAGGAUAGAAAGUGGGAGGAGAGAGAGAAACGAAAGGGAGGAGGAGGAAAAGAGCAAACUGAGAGCGUACAGGAGCAUUACAUCAUUCCUGACCUCAUUAGGGCUUUUCUCUCUCCCACCACCGCCCCCUACCCCCACCCCCACCCCCACUCCCACCCCACCACUCACUGCUGCUCUCCUAUAUCCUGUAUGCUCGGAGCAGUCAGCACUGUGUGGCUAUGAGUCUGCAGCUGUGUGUGUGGAGAUGUUUUUUUUUUUUUUUUAAUAACAAAAUAUCAUGAGGUGGAAGAGGAAACGGUCCGACUGUGAACCACAUGCAGUCUGGAGUGUUUGCGGUUGUCAUUAAUCAGCCACACCAGCUCUCUCCUGAUCUUUCGCAGUGUUUUCAGGCAAAAGUAAUGCAUGUAACUGUGUGGAACAUUGAGGUACAACACUGGAUCUGUUUUCCUGCUGUACAGUACAGUGUGUCACGAUCAGGAGUUUACAGUGUUUCCAAGUGUGCUGCACUCUCCUGGCCACUUUGAGCCAGUGCAACUUAUUUACCUUAAAUCCCACAGGCCUCGCUGGGAAACUCCACAGUCACCGUGUUUAUGUUUCUCUUUACAUUCGAUCGCGUAAGUUUGUGUCAGUUAAGUGAAACAACACUACAGGAUGAUACUGUUGGGACAUUGUGUCAUUUCUUAUUUUGUAUUGGACUGAAUUUGUAAUUGAAUCAUCAGAUUUCAUCAGUGUGUAACAACUUUCAUGCUAUCUCAGAGUUCAUCUCGCCAAGUAACCCCUCCCUAGAAAACACAAACAACAAGUGAAUUGUCAAUUUAGCAUGCCACGUUUGUUAAAAAAACAACAAAUAAAAAGACAAAGUUUUGAAUAAAACUACUUGAAAUAGUUUCUGUAACUUCAAAUAAAAUCACCAGAGUGAAAAUUUUUGACCCAAAUAAACACACUCUAAAGCUUCCAUCGUGCUCUUCGUGACCUUAGAUUAAUUUAUCAUAAGCAAUUACUAAAGAGGGUAAAGAAGAACUUUUUAAAAAUUUUGACAGGUAGAAACCUCGAGCAGAACCAGAAUCUCUGACAGCUUUGUACUCUGUGUGGGCCAAGAAAGUGCGAAAGAAUGAAGGUCGAACAGCAACGUAACGAUAAUGUGAGGCUGACACUUUCAAACAUGGAAAUGACAAAAAUAUGUAAAAUGAAAAGCAAAAGAGAUAAAAGAAUGCAAACAAUGUCAAACUAAAACAGAGAGGUGAGGAAUAUGAAAAAGAAAACUGGACUUGUUUACAAUUUCACAAGAUACAUAAAGUUCAGUCAAAGACUAGACGGAGCAAACGGUGUCUGCUCUGAACUAGAUAAAACAGAUGCAAAGAGGUUCAUCUUUAAAGGAGUAACUCCUCGAUGCAGCAUUUGAAGCCUGAUCCCAGCCUGGCCUUGUCUCUGUUUAAGAGCAUUGUGUGAAAAACUGUACCAAAACGGUUCAGAUAGUCCACAGUCCAGCUGCGCACGAAUGCAGCCUUGGGCUGUAAUGAGCCUGCUCAGUCCCAGCUGUGUGCAGUGUGUGUGUGUGUGUGUAUGUGGGGGGGGGUAUGGAGCACUUCAAGCUUUGGCACCAACCAAAAUCCCGCCGCCACUCUCCCGUGUUACUCAGCAAAAGCUGCCUCUGUAGCCGCAUGUUUUCUGUCAAUGGGAACAAAAACAGUCAUAAAAGAUGUAAUAACAUUUCUUAAAUAUGUGCUUGAAAAGUUGUGGACUUUUAAAGCAGAGCAGGCACAGUUGUGGGUUUGAAGACAGCACCAGAGUAAGCAAAGAGAAGUAUGUGUCAGAUGAGCUUAGUCAAUGUGAAGUGUGGCCUAGAUUUAAGAAAAGUGGUCCAUUUUAUCUUGGGGUUACUGCUGUAUUUUAAAGAAGGCCAAGCCUGCUGUUACCAUCUCCCAGACAAAGACUCACGCAAGUGUUGUUAUGUUCACAGUGUUAAGUUUGCUCUCUGUAAACGUGUGAGCACGCGAGACACACAUCUGUUUCUAAACUGCUUGUCUCCUUUUCCUCUUACCAGUCGUCAGAGCUGGAUGACAUCCUCAACGACCUGCAGAAUGCCCAGCCGCAGCUCUUCUGUGAACCCCGGCCCGUUUCUUUGCCCAGUCCAAUGGACAAGCAGAACAUCAUCAACGACAUCCUGCAAAUGUCUGAAAACAACCCUGCCAUGGCGGCGCAGCAACAACACAGAGCCAUGGGGACUGGCAUGGCCCCAACAAGUGAGUCCCACACCAGAGUCCCUCCAUUUGUCACUACUCAUUAAACAUUUCUGCUGGACUGAAACCGAUUCAUUCCCGUCUUUAGACUUUGGAGGUGUCCGACCGGGUCAGUCAGGCCGGGGUCUGCCUGCGAGGAGCGUCUCUCUUGACAUGAAUGUGUCCCCUCAGCAGCCCCAGUUACAGUACCCCAUGAGGGCCACCAGCCCAUACACUCUUAUGCAGCAGCAACAACAGCAGCAAGGCAUGGUGGGAAAUCAUGGCAUGAUGGCUAACCAGGCUGGUAUGGUUAACACAGGUGAGUUUUAUAAUUUUUUAAUGUUAUUGUAUGAUUUAUAUUUCCCCCAUUGUUUGUAUGAGGCAGUGGUGUAAGUCAGUCAGUAGAGCAGGUGCCCAAUAUACAGUCACCACAAUCGUCAAUGCAUCUGUCGCUGGUUUGACGACCUGCCACAACCCUUAGAGGCAUGUCUACCCCACACUUCUCCCCACACUUCCUGUCUGAAACAACAAAUAAACAAAACAAAAUUAAACGAAAUGCAGGAUAUUAAAAAGCAGUCAGUGGUUAAUGUUUAAAAAUAUCUGAGUGAAGGAUAUUAAAAGGUAAAUUACAUUAAAGCUUGUUGUUAUUUGAUUGCCCGUUCACAGUUGAGCAGCUCUAACAAGGAAGGAACUUGAAGUCCUGAGCGCAGACUCAGGGACGAAUAAAAAAGCUUUAAAUAGUGUCUGACUUCUACUCAGCAAUUUCCCCGUGGCUAACCCAGUGAAAGAAACACAACAGCAUCCUUUUUUUUACCCUUGAACACUUGUUGCAAAGAUUCUGAGAAAAGUUAUUUUUUGUUUGUGUUUUUACACUUUCUCUCUCUCUCUGUGUUGCUCUCAGCCUGUGACAUAUCAUGGCAUGGCACAGUGACUCACUUCCUGUCACAGGAAAUAUUUAGUCAAACACUCGGGCACAAAGUUUCUCUCACUAUCACUCCCACAUAUAAGAAAUCCUCCAACAUCCCCCCCUGCACCACAAAGAUAGGCUUUUACCCCAGAACACGCCAUUGCAUCAUGGGUACAGAGGUGAUCAACAGGGGUAUUUCUCUCACUUUCCUUGUCCUCCUACUUGAAUUUAUUCCAGGCCUGAUGGCUCCAGGGGGUCCACGGCCUGGCAUGCAGCAGCAGCAGCAGCAACAGGAGGGCUGGGUGGGCCCUGCUUCUGCCCCUCCUCUGGGAGCAUCCGGACCUGGGCAGCAAGGUGCCAUGCAGGGCAGGAUGGGGCCGAACGGAGCACCCUUGAGGCCUAACAGCCAGCCAGGGCCUCGGCAGAUGCUCCAGUCCCCUAUGAUGGCCAAUGGUGAGGGCUCAGUCCCCAAGACCACAGGGCUCGACUGUGCGACCGUUUCACUCGAAUUGUAAAAUGUAUUUAGGGGCACAUGUGCACAUAACAAAAAUCAGUCAAGGCAACAAAUGUUUUUUUAUGUAAAUACUGCAGUGAAGUUAGUUUCAGGUUGGAUAUUCAACAGACAUUCACUGCAGAUCUACCGGUGUCUUCUCACUCUCCAAAAAUAGGAAUACUAACAGCAGUGCAGUUAAAUCUACUCGGCAUCCUCGCUGUCAAUGUCCAGUAUUGAAUAAGGGACCAUCAAUAAAUUACCCGUUGAUGUUCUCAAAAAAAGGCUGUUUUCCUUCAAUAGCUUCCAUGUCAUUUGACCAAUUGACUUAAAAAAAAUUGUGUUAAAUUUAAAGGCAAAUUUUGAACAUUUUCUUCAAUAGCUUCCAUGUCAUACGACCAAAAGACCUAAAAUUGAUUUCAAAUAAUAGUACUUAUGUCAACCAAUAAGACACAUGUAAUUUCAUCAAUUUUCAUUGUGCCCCUAAAGUUCUUUGUGUGCUCCUUACUUCUUCAACUUAGGAGCACAUGUGCUCCUUUUGGAAAAAAAGGUUAGUGUCAAGUCCUGUAAUAGCAGGAUGAUACUGUGAAGUAGCUUCCAGGUUUGCAUUGACAAUAAAGCCUCUGUUUCCAGGAGAAGCCAUCAGGUGCUAGAGCUCAUACACAGAAAUCUCACCACAUUUUAAAAGGGUACCAUAAUUGAACUCUCAGUCCCUGUCCUUCAAAAACUGGUGGUGCUGGAGGAGAGGAAGAGCCUAAUAGGAAAGACCACCACACACUUGUUUCAUAUUAAGUGUUAAAGGUUGCCACCCAGUGGUUGAAAGAGGUAUAGCUUUCCAGAGUGUAAUAUCAGACCCAGUACUCUGUGUCCCAGUUGCGUUUACCAGAGAGGAAACUAUUGUGUUCCAGAUAACAAGAGUUUUUCUUCACAUUAUUACCACCAUUACAGCCUAGCUUAUCCUAAUUUGGUGAUUUUUCACAUUCAGCUCAACCUGACAUGGACAUAGGGAUGGCCGGCCACCAUUUCUCUCAGCAGCAGGCUCCACCCAACCAGACAGCCCCCUGGCCUGACAGCAUGAUGCCCAUUGAUCAGACGGCUUUUGUAAACCAGACCAGGUAAUACCUUUAACCCACAAGUACUUAAAAAUGAAGAAAAAAACAGGCCUUCAGGUUGUUUAUGUUAGCUGAGGUUUGUACUGGACAAAAUGUUCUUAGUGAGAAAAUAAUCUCUCUCCUCUCUGCUCAGGCCAGUGCACUCAGCACCACAGGAUGAUUUGCUGUGCAGUACAGAGCUCAGCUCAGGUGAUGGCAGCGCUGUAGAUGAGGGAGUCCUGAUGUCCCAGCUGUACACGGCACUAAAAGAUUUUGAUGGCCUUGAGGAGAUUGAUCGAGCCCUGGGGAUCCCUGCUCUGGUAGAACAAGUGAGAUCCAUCUGUCCCAAAUUACACCCUCACACUGAAUUCUUGUUUUUUUUUUUAUGAUUGUUUUUAUGAUGCAAUAUGUUUUUAAUACAUUUGCGCGGCUGGCUGUUUCAGAACCAAACACUUGAGCCAGACCAGUUCCCCCAGGAUCCCGCCAUGAUGUUAGACCAAAAGCCCCCCAUGUAUACUCAGCAGUUUGGUCCCCCACCCUCCCACAUGGCCCAGAGAGGUUACCCUGGUGCCCCCAUGCAGGAGCAAGGCUUCCACCCCAUGUCAGGCCAGAUGGGUCCGCGACCCGGUUACCCCAUGAUGAGGAUGCAGACCCGGGCUGGACUCAGGGCCACUGGGGUUGUCCCCAACCAGCCCAACACAUUACGGCUGCAGCUGCAGCACCGGCUCCAGUCACAGCAGGUACAUAGUGAUCCAGACUGACUGUGGACCUGGUCAUUGAUUCUUGAUUAUUUAUUACGUAACUUUGCUGUAACACACACACACACACAGAGGGGUUUAUGAUGGUCCUUGACUUUGACAUUUUGGCAGGUCUUCUGUGUAAAUUGGGACAAGUCUGGGCAUUCAAGGAUACCUGCCACCUGCUGGUCUUCUCUGGCAUUUACUUCAAUAAGAUUCUGCAACUUACUUUGAAAUUUUAACGGGGAAAAGAGUGAUCAGAUUACACAAUCUCAUCAAACAUUGCAGAAUAUUUACAGGAACAGAAAGUGAACUAAUCUUUAUGCAGGUAGAGUUUAAAAAUGAGAACUUGAUCCUGGAGGCAGAUCUCAUGUGGCCCUUAACUUGAGUAUGUGUUCCUAUGUAUUAUAAAAUGUGUUAUAUUACAGAAAGCACACUGCUCUCUAAGUUGAAUUUUUCUUUUUAUACGUUAUCAUAUCAGAGCUGGUCCACUUCCUGAUGGAGAAACACAGAACACAAACAACAUGCUCACACAGAUUUUGCAGGAUCUAGAACUGACUGUACAUUUAACUGGCUCAUAGAUAAACCUGCCUGUUUACUCUGAGAGCUUUACAGCCAUAGCUUUGCCAAAUCAGCUUUUUUUUAUUUUAAGUUAUACACAGACAAUCACAUUUUUUAACUCCAACACAAAUGGUUGGUUGCAUUCAAAAAAUUAGAAACCAUUUGUUUCGUUUUGUUGUAAACAAACACGUCACUGGAGUUUUACGCCUUUUCUGUUCUCAGUGUUCUCAGCGGUGUUGCGUCACCGACAGAGGACUGAACCAAGUGUUGUACUCGUAGGGGGGGGAUUUAUGUUGUUGCAAAAAUGCGUAGCUUUAAACAAGUUGCUAAAAUUAUGAGAAAAAGUUCAACAUUUGUUACUCAGCACCAUAACAAAAAUGAAUAGUGAAUAAAACUUUAUUUUGAUUCAGUGAGGUGUAUUUUUGUUCUGUGUUGCUCUAGAGAAAAACAUGUUGAAAUGUCUGUUUUUACAUAAAUCUUCCUUUUAAGGCAGCAUGGUUGAAAAGAGUCCAAACCUGUACUCUGUCUCUCGUCCCACCAGAACCGUCAGCCAAUGAUGACUCAGAUGAGUAGUGUGUCGAAUGUGAACCUACCUCUACGAGCCAGUGCUCCAAACCAGGUAGGUGACUGCUGCCAUCACAUGAUCUGUCUGCACAGACAUGUCGUUAACGGCCGUAGGUAGUAUUUAAUUUGCUGAUGUCUGAACUUUAAGGCUUUAAUUUUAACGUUUGUCAGGGCGCUGACGCACAAGCAGACCCACAUAAUGAAUAUCUGUGACGCCUUUUCUUUUUGUGUUUUUCUAUGAUAACACAGUCAAUCAAACUUUAUUUGUUUAGGACAUUCCAAACAGAAAAAUGUAAAAAAGUGAUGAAUAGGAAACCUUUAAAAAAUAAGAUGGACUCUGAUCCAACAAGCAAAUAAAACAACAGAGACUUAAAAAAAGUGAAAAAUAAAAAAAACAAAGAGCGCAAUAAAAAAGGAACUAAUCUCUUUCCUUGUUUCCAGGGGUCCAUCAAUGCUCAGAUGUUGGCGCAGCGUCAGCGGGAGCUGCUGAGUAAUCACCUGAGACAGCGGCAGCAGCAGCAACAGGCGCAGCAGGUCCAGCAGCAGCGCAGCAUGGCCAUGCGGGCCCAGGGACUCAACCUGCCUCCCAACAUGGCGGCCGGAGGCAUGAGUAACCCCCGGAUCCCCCAGGCCAACCCCCAGCAGUUCCCCUACCCGCCCAGCUACGGUACCAGUACAGGCCUGGCCUCGCCACCUCCCCCCACCAGCCCCUUCUCCUCCCCUCUCUCCCCCAGCCUGCCCUCUCUCCCUCCCAACCCUCAGCUCCACCUGCAUGGCACCUCCUCCUCUUCCUCCACCUCCUCCUCCUCCUCACAGAUGAUGAUGGGAAACACAAACAUGAUGGGCGGACAGUACGGGGCCGUACUCAGCCCCCAAUUGCAGCACAGUGCCUUUCAGUUUCCCAACUCAGGUACCGCUCCCACACCCCCCAGCCUCACACACACUCCACCCGACAACCUGUGUGUGUGUGCGCGCGCGCCAUUGUGUCUGUGUGUUGAUGUGACAUGAGUUGCACAGCAUCACAUGCUUCCAGUAGCUGCAAUCAUCUGAUGACUGCGUUAAUCAGCCGCUAUUGAAUGAUCCAAAUCCUGCUGCUUAAUUUACCUUCAGUUACGUAACAAACAAGCUGUUAUCAGGAGUGUGAUCAUAUAAUCUGCAUUCUGUGCGUUAGCCAAAUAGUGUCCUGGCUAUGCACUCUGUCUCUACUAGAGGGCACCAUGACACAACAAUGAAAGCUUAGCCCAGGAGAGGCACUGACACCUGUCUCUAAGAAUGUGUGCAGAGCAGAGCAAUAAUCAGCGCUCCACCUGUCAGCUUUUCAGGCUCAGUUUGUAAUCUGGACAUAAUCUCAUAAUCUAGCAUAUAAUUGAUGUUAUUGUGUUUAUUAUGAUGUGUCACUCCUCAGUUAGAGUCUGGCCCAGGGAUGUGUACAGUAUUAUAACUCUUAUUAGCUUUUUUUGUUCUUCUUUUCCCCCUGAAUUCCUCAACUGCUCUCCUAAUUCCUUUUUCCUACUUCCUUGCCUGCUUCCUUCACUGCAUGUAAGAAACUCCUAACUGCCUCUCAGUUGUCGUGAAUGCAAACAAGGAUUGUCAUGCUUUCCACCACGCUUGUUCAGAAGUUAGUUCUCUGUUGAAGCUUUUGUCGUCAUGUGGCAUGCUUGUUCAGAAAUGUAAUCUAGUCCCCCUCCUCAGUUUAUUCUCAUCGCUGAGUCUCUGAUGAUCAAUUAUGGCUAAUCUGUCUUGACACGUCUAUUACAGGUAUGAGCCAACAAGCAGACGGAGGGUUCGGAGGUCCAGGCACACCACAAAGCCCCAUGCUUUCUCCCCGCAUGACUCAUACACAAUCCCCCAUGAUGCAGCAGGGCCAAGGAAACGCUGCUUUCCAGGGUUCGCCUGACAUGAACGGCUGGCCGCAAAGCAACAUGGGAGGGAACAGGUAUAGAUGGAAAGAGCUUGAGUAUAUUUGAAGUGCCUGAUUCAGACAAGAAAGAGAAAAACUUGUAUAGUUUUUGGAAAUAUCAGAUUUCAAAUUAAGUUAAAGAACUACAGUGGAAUAAACAGCAUUAAGGUCCUUAAACACCGGGACCGACACAAAGAUAGAACGCGAAAUUACGAAAUAUUUAGAGGUGAAUUUUGACGGGCCUGGCUAUACACAUCAAGGGGAGGUAUCCCGGGCAAUGUCCCGUCUCCUUCGCCUCUGAUUGGCUAGAAAAGCUGGAAACGUCAUCACACGCUCAAGCCAAACUGUCAGCACUUAUAGCCAAUCAGAGGCGGUAAGAUAAGCACAUGAAACUAUGGUAACAACCAUUACAAGCUUAUGAUAGCACAGACGAAAGUUAAAACAAAGUCGUUUAGCAAACUGUUAAAGCAUACAAACAUCGUCAGAUGAGAGAUCCGACGCUAUGUUGUCCUUCAGGUCGUUAUCUUUGUAAUGUUUGUGUCUAAUUUUAUCAAAAAGCACUCUGUUCUCCGACACGUAAACAAUCAGCCGGUCGGCCAUGUUGGAUAUACUGGUGAAUCAGACGUCGCAACUGUCUGAUUGGUCAGAAUUGGUCACACAGUAUGCAAAACUUGACAGUAUGCAAAACAAGACCAUGAUCUGAAAAAAUAAAUGCCACAAUAUUGCAGGACGGGAAAACAUCACUCAUGUGAACGCUUGUAUUGACAGGAUACCGGUUAAAAAAAAAAUUGACAUCCAAAAUAAUCGCAUGACAAAAACGGUCCUGGUGUGAAAUGAGCUUUAGGCAUAAAUUUGUACUCCCCUUGAUUUUCUUGUUACAAAUAAUAUUGUUUGUUUUUUUUCGCUCCUCUUCCAGCAUGUUCUCACAGCAGCAGGCAUCACCGCAGUUCACCCAGCAGAACAACAGCAACAUGUACAACGGAAAUGGCGUGAACCUCAACAAUGUCUCCAUGGCCACCAACAUGGCUACCAGCAGCAUGGGCCAGAUGGGCGGGCAGAUGAGUGUCACGUCCAUGGCCUCAGGUCCGUCGCCCGGCUUGCCCUCCAUGGGACAAGAACAGGUCAAUACAAGGCUAAAAGUGACGCAUGAAUUCUUCGAGUAAUACUGUUUAAAAACCAGUGGGAGCAAGGAGUUCAGAGUCGCUGCUCUAGUUUCCUACUAAUAUCCUCAUGGUGUGCCUUUAAAGUAGCUCUCUUUAGGAAGUCGGACACUCUGAGGGUUUAAACCUUUGAGGUCUGAUUCCUCACAGUUACACACUGCAGUCAGGGGACCAAGAAAACUAAAAGGUUCAUCCUUCUUUCUCAGCACGCCGGGCCGCUUCUCUUUUGUGUUUGUGUUAUCGAAAGAUCCUAAGUGUUUGGGUACACUUAUUGGACGGGCGUGCUAGUGAAUAAUUUACUAUUUAGUUUACACGAGUCUUUGCAGCUGGAGUUCUGAUGCUUCACUUGAACUUAAAGGACAAUGAUGUAAUUGGCAGCGGGCACUUUAGAGCCAGACCAAUUAGAGUGUAUAGACGUUGCUGCAUGAUAUGUAAAGGCUGGACCGUCUGGACCUGAGCCUGAACAGUAAAGCUUGUCUCUUCUGUCAAACUUACACACACUACACGCAUAAACAGGCACAUUAACAUUUGAUUUGGUGAGAUAACAAGUCAGACAUUCAGCACUCUACAGUUGGUAAUAAUUUAGUGAUAACUCAGUUAAUCUUUCUUCCUCUGUCUCCCUGGUAUUGUUAGCUUGGUAUGUAAAAUGCACUGUUGUUGCUCAUGAUGCUUUUAAGCCCAAUAAAGGCCCAUGAAUAUUUAACCAAGGAGCUGCUGUUUGAUUGUCUGCACUUCAGACUGUUGUAACACACCAGUAUAUCUGUCAUUUGAUUUAUCCUCCUUCCAGGAUUAUAGAAAUAUAUUGGCACUUAGAUUAUUUCAAUUAUUUACCGUUUGGCCAUUAGUGCAGGCUUUUUGUGAUUUACUGACUCAUUUGAGCCUCUGUGGUGUGGUCUGAGAUGGUUUAAAGUCCUUUGCACAUGCAGCUGAUUUACUCCUGAGAAGUUCUGCAAGUUAACCAAAUACGUGUACUUUCAGAUUGUGUUCCUUCACUCUGAAAUCUCUUGUUUUCCCUACAGAAGUACUGUUGACCCUCACGGAGCCCUUCACCUGAACCUCAGUGAUCAGCUGGUCCAAGGAGCACGUCGGCCCUUUAAAAGUUGUAUUUAACUGACUGCCUCUUGAACUGGCCAGGCCAUGCCCAGACCCUAAAAGUCACCCCCAGCUCCAAGUUUGCCGUCUGUUCCCCGGCCGGGCGCCUUCAGCAGCCCCUGGAGGAGUCCGGCCCCCCGGAACAGACACCAGAGUGUGUGAGGGGGGCUGUGGGGGGCGGGAUUGUGGAUCUCUGUCCAACAUGCCUAACCCUCCUGGAGGAGAGCCUUGUGAUGAGCCAGUCUGUCUGCCUGUCCAGCUGCAUUCACCGUAGUGUGACUUACUGUAGGCCUCCUCGAUUGGGGGGGACACUGACCUAAAGAGGGCAGCAGUGGGUGGAUCCCUUUGUUCUGAUGAAUGUAUUCCUCUCAGUGGACAGCGGCCAUUUACAAUCUCAUCUCAAAAAAAUGACGUACACUGAUUUUUUUUUUUUUUUUUUUCUCACUCAUUUGUGACAUUUCCACAUAGUUCCAACAUGGCAGCAAAGACUCCAAGUAUUGUUCAAAUCUAAGGACGGAGCUCAAACACUUAGCCGGUUUUGCCUUUUUGCUGUUCUUUUAUUUUAUUAUUUUAGUUGUUUAUUUUUUUUUUUUUCUUGUUGUGAGAAUUAAGAUGUAGAAUGAAGAUAUGGUUGAAAAAACUGAUCUUGAAAAACACUGCAGAAGAAUGGUUUGAGUGGAAUGGUGAUUUGUAUUAGACUAAUUUAGUCAAGAGAUUUAUAUAGUGUAUUAAAUUAAGUUUUAUUUUUCUGUAUAGAUUCAUUUUAAUUAUUGUAGAUGAUUCUUUAUCCUGGUAGCAACAAGAAAAAUAUUUCUCAAAGUGUGAAAGAGGCACUUUUUUUAUCAUUUUAACAAUAAUGGUUGUAUUCUUUCUGAGAAGAUUCUUCUAUUAACCUGAAAAAUGGAUUCUACUUUGGUCCUGGAGUUUCAGAAGAAGAUGUCAAAAUCAUAUAUGGUUUAAAAUGAAAUACAGAGAUUGUACAUACCGAUAAGAGAAACUUUUUCUUUCCUAUUUAUUUUAUUCCUUAGGGUUUGGUUUCCCCUGUCUGGUCACAACUGUCUCUUGAAAUAGAGCAGUUUUUAUUUUUUUUCUGUUUAUUAGGAGGUGGAGUGGGAGCCGUCACGUUCUGGUACGAUGCAGACACAUGGGUGGGGGGUGGGAGGUAGGAAUGGGUUGUAAGGGGGUGUGCUGUGUAUACAGUGUACAGAUUAUCGCUUGCUUCUCUGCCUUUAGCAUAGAACACCAUGAAAAAGUAAAAAAAAAAAAAAAAUCUUCAACACAGCCAUACAAUAACUCGAAAAAAUAACAAGUGUGCUUUCUAUGUUGUCUGGAGUGAAAACUGCUUCAUACAAGCUGCUAGGUGCAAACUGUUCUGGUGUGAUGUAAACAAGCAAUAACGAUUACUUGAGAAUCACUUUGGGGUUUUUUUGUCUUUUUGUUUUUGUAAUUUUUGUACAGUUUCCUGAAUAAAAUAAGGACACAUUUAUGCUCCACGUUUGGAUGCAGUAUUAAACACAGUUUUUUAUUGCAGUUUGUACCAAGAAAGUCUACAUCCACACACAGCGUUCCUGUUCAGAUUAUGCAGCCACUCUUUUAUCGCAGAGGUCAGAGUUAAGACUGCACGGUUCACCAGACCUGCUCUGACAGACACUUAGCCAUACUUUAUGACCUCAGGCAGUAUAAAGUGUUCGGUAAUGACAUGCUGCUCUUGUGCCCCUGUAGGGGUUGGGUUUGACCCUUCGCAAGAUCGAAAGCAAGUCAUCUUCUCUAACCUCAGAAAUACAUUUUUCCUCAAUCUACAAAAACUUUUUAUACCAACUAUUUUAACCCAGGACAAACUCGGAGCAAGCCAAAUAAUCCUCACCUUUCAAUUGGAUUUUUUGAAUUCUACCAGCUUUUAUUUUCAUAGUGAGAGAAGACCUGUUAGUAAGCAUGUUUUGAGGCCCUCUAAAAAUAUGAUGUCACUUCACAGGGUCCGAUGUAGAUGUUGCAGCAUAAGAGGAAGAGAAUCAUUCUGAAUGUAUUGUCAUUUAAGGCCUAAGGAUGUGACUGAUGGUGUUCAUUGUCAACAUGUUGACAACGUGGUGUUGUGCAGUUACACCAUGCUCUUCUCAGCAUUUAGUUAGGAUGUUGCCCACUGCUGCUUACCUGUUUUUGUCUUUAUAUUACUUUAAGUUCGACAUGGAAUUAGAAGCUGUAGCAAGUGAACUUUACGACAAAAGGAAGUCUGCAUCCAUGUAUUAGUUAACAUCAUUGCAGAUGCCUCGCGGUUUUUGACUGCAGGCCUCCAGGAGAUCACAUUUUUUGAUAAAUGCUGUUUUGAUUGUAUCAUACAGUCGUGCAGAAUAAGCCUUUUUGAGCCAUUUUAAAGAAUGAUUCACAGCCCUUUGCAAAAUUUCCAAAGAUUGUCAACAUUUUGAAAAGAUUUAAAGCCAUGUGGUAGCAAUGCAUUUUUUAGCAUUUAUAAUGAGGACAGGAGCAAAUAAAUGAUUUUGCCCCGGACAAGUAUCCAGGCUUUUGGACCCACUAAACAAAAAUAUUUUUUUUCGUCUCUUUAAUUUAUGGUUUUUGAAGAACUUUAAAUGCCCUUUUGUAUUGUCUGCCAAUUUCUUAGAGCUAAGAUGCAACCUUGAAAUGCUAAAAUCCCUAGCAUAAUGCCUUAGAUUUCGUCCGUUCUCGUUCUUGUACAUUACACCGCUGUAUGUAUAAAUUUGUAUAAUGACUUGUGUACAAUAUUGAAUGGGUGCAUCAUUGUUCAACUUUAUCGCAGUUGCUGGAGGCUCUGUCCCUCAUCAUUGCUCUGUUCUGUGUUGGGUUGAAGACUCUGUUAUUUCACUCCCUCCCUCCCCCUUCUCACUGUUUGUAUGGAAAAGAUAAUACAUAGGGAUAUUGAAGCAAUAUGUAAAAUACUAUAUGGACUUUCUGAAGAAAGCUUACUGUUGUGUUUUUCCCCCCCCUGAAAUAUUUUUUUUCUGCAUUGUUCACAGGAAUCACACUGUAUACCCGCAUCCAUCUUUGUAUCCCAAGUGUGUGUGAGCAUUUUAUGCAAAAUUAGAUAUACAAGAGAAGUUAAAACCACAGUUAUGCAAGUUGUGAACUAAUAUGGCUUCGCUGAUGCUAUUUGCCUUGUAAAUAAAGAAUUCUGUUAUUGCAGUAGUUCAUUGGUAGACACUUAUUUCAUCAUAAAAAGAAGACUGAAUGAUUUUUUUAAGUAGGCUUGUAGUGAUUUGUACUGUUUAUUUUUCAGCAGAAAAAUAGGGAAAAAAAAAUUCUCCAUUUUUAUUUAUUUAUUUUUUGCAUUUAGUUUUAGGUUAGAUAGACGUCACUUUAAACUUUUUUUUUUCAUUUUACCAUAUCUCAAUAAAAACGAAAGACGAUUUUUCUUUUUUAAAUUAAUGCAAAUUUAACAUGAAAAACCACAAAUAAGAUUUACAGUGCGUGAUGAAUGCAUGACGUGAAAAUGGUCUCGAUAUAUCGGUCAAUAUAUUCAACAUAGACUGUAUUUA